CCCGCAUCCUUGCCCAGACUGCCCUCCCUCCUUCCUUUUGCAGUCAGCUGAGAAGCCAAACCGGAGUGCAGUUUUGUGCGGGGUUUUGAGCCGAGCAGCAGCAGGAAAAGGAGAAAAGAGGAAACCAGACGUGGGGAUUCCUCCCCACACAAAUACUUCAAGAAGAAGAGCAAGAGAGGGACGUCAUGGCACCAGCUGGGCUUAAGGCUGUGGUGGGAGAAAGUAAGAUUAAACUCUUUUUGUUGUUGCUUCCUUCCUCUCUCUCCCCCGCCCACCUUUCAUUUAAUGGUCAAUGAGACGGGGGCUUUCUAUUCCCCCGCCUCCUGCUCCGUAGUCCCCAUUGUAAAAAUAAAUAAGGGACGCAGCUGCAGAAAUCUGGAGAGUUGGUGGUAGUGGUGAAUGAAAUAGAGUAUUAAGAGGGAUGGAAGGGGGGAGAUUUGGAGCGUCACUGCAGACCUUACGUUUUUUUGUUGGGUGGGGGCGCCCUCGACGGUCGAGGACUCUACGGGUCAAGAGAUCCCUUCCAACACCACUCUUUUUAUACAAUUAGUAUCUAUUCAUAUUAUGAAUAGCUUCCUGGCUAAAAAAGAGAAGCGUUCGUAACUGGAAGGGAAAAGGCAGAGGGCGACGCUGUUAUUCUGCAGUAUGUAGAGUGGAAGAUGAGGGAGGGGGGAAAACAGUACCGGCUUGACUAUCCCCCUCAUCCUUGCCCCGUUUUAAGGGGGGGGGGCGCUUUUACCAGUAGAUGUAUCCUUAGCAGAUCAGUGUAAGACUGGUAUCUCCUGUGUCCUUAACGGAUUUAUCUGUGACUGGAAAUUAUAUGUUUUAUGGCCUGCAAUACAGAACAUGGAGUGUGUGUGUGUGUGUGUGUGUGUGUGUGUGUAAGCGUCAACUGAGAAAUCCUCUUGUACUUGCAGGUUCAUUUGGGGCGCCCCCCCCCCCAAAUCCAGUCCUUUAUUUUCUCUAUCCGACUCCUCCCCCAUUCACAGUGGAAGAUCUAGCGCAGAUCCUGCAGUGUCAGUACAAAACAGCCCGGUUGUUAGCCCUCCCACCAAUAUCUCAUGUAUUUUGCUCUCUGUCAUCCUCCCUUCAAUAAACCAAUAAUUAUUUGGGGGGGGGGAUACUUGUGAAGAAUCCAACGAAAUUUAGAAGCCCUUAGAAUGACAGCAUAUAAUAGAAGCUUUUUCGUGCAUGGGAGGCUUUUUCCUGAAAAUGAGAAUUUGGUUUAUAUGUGCUCGCACUGAUUUAAGGGAGGGGGCCUUUGCACACGGAACUGAAAUGCUAUUUUUGGUCCUUUUGAGUUGUGCAUUCUAAAGUAUAUCCAGGGAAUGGUGUGGAAGGGGGAUUUGCUUUAUUGUUCAUCCUGCAAAAUUUCGCAUUUUAAUUUUUUUCUUAAUGUGCCAGCCACAUACUAAAAUGUAUCGAUUAUAUAGGUCAAGUGACAUAUUGCCAAAGUCCUCUUCCAUUUGUACAAUGCAAGUAAAUAAUUUCAGUCCUUUGUAGGUACGCAGAUAAAUAGUGAAGACGAUAAGGUGGUGGUUACUUUUAAUGGAGGUAUGUUGCUAUGGCUCAUUUAAAUCCGCCGUCUGUCUGAAGCAAUUACAGUUAAGCCGUAUUUUCAAAGGCAGCGUUGUUCAAAUUAUACCAGUUGUUUAAAAAAGAAAAGCAACAUAAUGUUAAAUAAUUAUUAUUUUUGCUUUCUCAUAGAAAAUGAAAGGAGCAGAAUCAUAGCUGGGAAACAGCCCAAAAAGGAGGCUGCUGGGGGGCAGCAGUGGGGUUUUUUUUAGUAUUUAGGAAAGAAGGCAUCUUCCUCCAUGUUAUGACACUGGUUCAGCACUGCAGUCAGAUGAGGCUGGAGAUGGUGCGUGGUAGCAUGACUUGGCGAGGUGGGGGCUGGGGAACGAAAUAAUCCUCUUAGAUUUAUGGCCUGCUUUGUGUUGCACUAAAUCACCUGUCCAGAGACCACUGAUCAGCAUCUCUGCCUGACUGUUGCGUGUUCUCAAUUCUAAGAAAGCAUUGAGACUCAGGUGCUGCUAAAAGGUGGCGUGGGGGGGGUGGUGUUUUCCCCUGCUUUAGCCCAAAUACCACCCUUUCCUGCAAGGCAAGGCAGAAUCCCCCUCCCUCUCUUGAGCUUCAAGAUUUAUUUAUUUUUUCAGAGGGGGCAGCAUAAAAAAAUAAUAAAUGAGAAGAGCUUUGUUUGUGUUGUAUCCCUACUUGCUGGAAACAUUUCUAGGUAGGAACUACACAAAAAUCAAAUCAAAGCGUAAUGAUUGAGGCAAUGGGGGAAAUGCUGGCCAAUCUCAGUGUUUGCUUUUGGUGACCUCUAGCCCAUGCACUGUGGAUUUUUCCCCUCUUAGGUAUAUCAUACCUUGACACAGUUCUGUUACAGCAGCAACUAAUCAUCACAAUCGUCAACCAAUGAAGAUGCUAAUGUGAAUUUGUUGGUGGUGAUACUUAACGCUGUGAAAAUUGGGCAGAAUUCAGGACCCUGUUCUGGGGUUCUCCUUACAAGCCAUGGUUUAGGUCUCUCAAAAGCGUGUAUGAGAGAUGCUUAACUGCAGACUAUCUGAUUUAUACUGAUAUGAACCUGGCUGCCUAUUGAGAUGAUCACCAGAGGCCUUGCUUCAGAACAUUCGCCUUUUAUAGGGGUGUCACUGAGCAGGGAUUCAAACUCUUGUCUGCCAGCUCCUAGCCAACCCUACAACCGCUAUGCCACACUAGCAGUCCUCAUAAUGUUUACCCUCCAGCAAAUAUUCAGUAGCAUACCUACAGUGUCUGAACAUAGAUACCAUUUUAAAGUUAUCAUGUUCUUAUCCUUUUGAUAAAGCCAAGGUCAAUGAAUAUCUUCUAAACCCAAUUGACCACGUCUUGUGACUGUGAGUUGCAUGAGUUUUAAUGAAGCAGAGGUGCAGAGAUACUUAAGAAACUGUUGGGUGGUUCUGUUGUAUCUAAAGCAAGGGUGAAGGACCCAUAGACCUCCAGAUGUUUCUGGACCAUAGUUUCCAUUAUCAUUGACCAUACUAAAUAGGACUAAUAGGAGCUGGAGUCCCAACAACAUUUGGUGGGGAGUGGGCGGGCACAGGUUCCCCACCACUGAUCUAAAGGCAGAGCUAUAGGCCUGCCAUACAUGUUAUGGGUUGUAUCCAACUAAGUUCUACUCAGAAUAGACCCAGAUAAAUUAAUGGAUUUAUGGGAGUCAGCUCCAUUAUUUUCAGUGGGUCUCCUCUGAGUAGGGCUAGCAUUGGAUACAAACCAGUGCUGUUGUUUUCUGAUAUAUCUACAAUACCAGGGUUGGCUACAGUGCCUUGUCUAGUGUAUGUGCAAUGUCAAACGUUAUUAUGAUUGUCCAUCACUCUAAGCUGCCUUAGUGUGUUUCCAUCUCCACCAUUCCCAUUCAAAAAAUUCCCGCAUGAUUCACAAAGCUUAACCCUCUCAAUUCCUCCUCCUGCAUUUGUAUUCCUGUCUUGGCAAAUCCUAAUUUCAGUGAGAGUUCUAAUUUUGAUUUUCUUUCCUUUUAAAAAUGGAACUUGUGAUUUGUUCUUAAUUAGACUUUCCUUAGAGUGGACCCAUUGAAAUCAAUGAACCUAAGUUAGUUCUGCCCAUCAGUUUCCAUGGGUUUUACAGGUGCCAUACAAUACUCAUUCCUCACUUGUAAGAAAUAGUUAUUUUAGUAUGGCAGCACUUACACUUUGGAACUCCUUGCCUGAUGACACUAGGCAGGCACCUUCACUGUAUUGGCUCCUGCUGAAAACAGGCAAGUCUCUCCAGAUACAUAAGAUGUUAAUGACUUUUAACCCCUCUUAAAAUGUUUUGGGUACUUGUUUUUGCAGAUCACUUAUUUUUUUUAAUUUGAGGUUUUGUUAUAAUCAAGUGGUAUAUAAAUAUUAUUAGCUAAAUCAAUGAGCAUUAGGUAUGACCCCAUGAAAUUCAUACAAUUUGAUAAGACCUGAUCAAACCUACCCAAGUGAGUGGGAUAAAUCCUUGCUCAUUUCACAAAGGGUCAUCUUCCUUUACUACAUGGGUGUGGACACACAGGCUACUUUUCUCAUGGAUUCUGCUCUAUAUACCCUGCACUGAAUCUGAAUUGGACCCCUCUGUGGCUGCUAUUUAAAAAGAGGGGGAAAACAGUUAAAUAGAUAACAACAUGUUUUGUAUCUAGGUGGGCCCUUGGAAUAAAACCAGAAAGUGACUGUUGGACUGAAGAUAGCCGCUGGGUCGAAGUUCCCUAGGUGACUCUCAGUACUUUUAAGGUUUGGUGGGUGGGGGAGCUGUGAGCAACUCCCAUCCUCACUUGACCAUUGAUCAGGCUGUCUGUGGCUGAAGCUAUCAUUCAGCAAAGCUUGGAGGGCCACAUCUUUCCUUACCCUAGCUACUUGAGGGGUGGUUUCUUUCAGCAGGGCGAGCUUGAUGACAAUGAACGUUCUCCUUCACACACACUCUCCCAGUGUUCGAAACUCCCAUUGUUCUAGGCGCAUUUUGCGACAGGGAAUUUCAUUAAGACGAGCAGUUUCUGAGCUCUGGACGCAGUCCUGUGCCUAAGAUUUCAGAUUAAAACUGCAGAGUGGAAGGAAGAGAGGACCUUUUUCUGCCUCCCCACUUCCAGCUGCUCUCUGAAGACUGGAGAAGAGACCCUCUUGAGAAUAUUAGGGGAGUGGGCAGGGGAAAGACUAGACCAUGUGAAAAAUGAACAUAAAAUUUUGGCUGCAGUUCAUUUAUUUUCACCUUUGUAUUCUUUUUUAUAAAAACAUGCACCUAGACAUUCCGUUGUUGCACCCAUGACCUAGGUUUAAGGUGCCAUGUAGCUCCUAGCUUUCAUAUCUCAGUUUCAAACACUGCUCUCUCUUAUCUGUAUCCUGUUGUGAAACACAGUUUUGUGGGCAGAACUGUUGUGGCUUUAUGAGUGCUAUGCAGGGAUGCUUUGACCUCUGCCUGUGUUUAUCUGAGGGGCCUCCAUGGCGAGACAUUGGCCAGAUCGUACAACAUGCCUUCACAGCCCCUCUAGCCAUGACUUCCUGAUGCUUUGCAUCCUUGGGGAUGAAGUUAUUUCCUGCCUUUCAGUUUCCUCUGUGUGCUCAUUCCUUGUUUCCAUCUGAAUUGGCUUGUGAUGGUGUAGGAACCUCUGAAUGCAGCCAACUUUCUGACCCUCAGGAGGCUCCCUGUCCUGUCCUUGCUGCACAUCCUUGAGUGUUUUAUUUUCCUGGCUGGGAUGUGCCUUGUGGUGAUGCCUCUCACUUGCCAGGGUGGAGGAUAGAGAAUGAUGUGUGGCUAUUGGUAGAAAUCUGCCCACUGUACAAAGGUGUUACUUGCAUUUUCUGUUCUGCCCACGUCUGCCUUUGGCUCCGACCCAGCACUAGGAAUGUGGCCCCUGGAAAGUUGUAUUGAAGUGAAUACGGCCCUGAGACUGAAAAAGGUUCCUUGCCCCAGUGUACCUUCUUUGAAAAGGUACUUGCUACACCAAAGUCAGUCACAUCCACACAAUGCAUUGAAAGCACAUUUAUUUAUUUAUUGGGUUUUACCUUGGUGGAAAAAAUCUAAGGAGUUCAAGGUGGCAUCCACAACAACCCAGUGAGGUAGGUUAGACUGAGUGGCAGUAACUGGCCCAAGGUCACCCACUGAGCUUCAAGACCGAGUGGGGAUUUGAACCCUGGUCCUCCUGGUCCCAAUCUAUACCACACUGGCUUCCAUGGCUGUCCCUCAACUACCAAUCUAGGAAACUAUAGAUUGGGGGAAGAGGGCAUGACUGAGGUGAGAGUGUGGCCUGGGAAGAGUCCCAGGGGCCAGAUAGGGAGACUGGGAGGCCAAAUUUCCCCACCCCUGUUGUAAUGUUGAACUGAAAUCCUGCCUUCCUUUGUUUUUUACCCACUGGUUCUAGCCCUGACCCCCUGAAGCAACAGUGACCAAUCCAGCUCCAACUUUUCUUCAACAGCCCUUCUGAUCAUACCAUGCCUUCCCUGAAUCUGGAGGCCCAGCAUGGUAUAGUAGUUAAAGUGUCCUGCUAGGACCUGGGAGACCAGAGUUCAAAUUCCAACUAAUCCAUGAAGCUCGCUGGGUGAACUUGGGCCAGUUACUCACUCUCAGCCUAACUUUCCUCCCAGGGUUGUGGGUAUUAAAUGAGGAGGGAGAGAACUGUGUAGGGCGCCUUGAGCUUUUUGGGGAAAGGGUGGGAUAUAAAUGCAGUGAAUAAAUAUGAAUAAAUAAUUUUCUCUUCACCAGGCUAACAGUAUCAUGCUCUGUUCCUGAAAGGACAUGGUUUCCAGACCCUUAGCAUCCUGGGCCUCAUCUACACUGUACAUUUAAGUCAGUAUCAUACAACUUUAAUCAGUUGUGUCUUCCUCCACAAAAUCCUGCAGACUGUCGUUUUUUCAGGGAACUGAGAAUUUUUAGAUCUCCUGACACCUCCCUUGCAAAAGGGGACAUUAAAGUUUUGCUUGACCUGACAUUUACUGCAUGUUAUAUGUUAAAAGAGAAUUAUAUGAAAAUGAUAUAUAGGUGGUAUCUGACACCAAGUAAGUUAGCAAAGAUGUAUAAAUCAGAAUUAUAUACCUGUUGGAAAAAGAAGGUACCUUCUUCCACAUGUGGUGGACAUGUAAAGCUGUGAAAGGCUACUGGGAGAUGAUUUAUAACGAAAUGAAAACAAUGUUGAAAAGGGCUUUUAUUAUUAAAAAACCAGAAGCCUUUCUCUUACGAAUAUUAGGUUUGACAUAAAGGAAAAUCUCUUUAUGUAUGCAACAACGAUAGCCCGAAUAGUAUAUGCUUAGAAAUUGAAGGAAGGUACAAUGCCAACUAAGGAGGAAGGGCAGGCUAAAUCAAAGAGUAUGCUGAAUUGGUUAGUUUAACUGGCAAAUUAAGAAAACAGGAAGGGAUAAUAUUUAAGAAUGUUUGGAAAAUGUUUGUUGAAUAUUUGGAAGAUUAUUGUAAACAUCUAAAAACAUUAGCAGGAACAGACUAAAUCUAGCAGUGAAAAUAUAAACAAAGGGAAAAUUGGUUGAGUUAAAAUAGGGACUAAUUAGAGUUUGCAGCAAUGAAGGAGAACUUUAAUGAACCAUGGGGGGUGGGAGAAGGAAGUCAAUCUUUAAUGUAUGGAUUGUUUGAUGUAUGUUGAUUUACAAAACUGAAAAUGAUAGAUAAAAUCUAUUUAAAAAACAAACAGACAAGUUUUGCUUGCCUGUUGCACUGAACACAGGUACAUGCUGUCUCUCCACAUGUACAAGUGUUUGUGUGAAAGUGUGUACAUUUGUACUUAGCGGUUCAUUUGUACUCCUCAGCUGUUGUGUACACAGGCUGUAACCUUGUUGAAAAUGGGAUGUAAAUAAUUUUACCAGUGUACUGCCAAACUGUUAGGGGUGUUCCCAUUCAGCAAGGAUACAGCUGUACACUUGAACAAUCAUUCACUGGUAUCAUUCAAGAGAGUACAGUUCUGUGUGUACCAUAGUUGAAUGUAUACACAUCAAGUGUUCACUCUUUCACACAAAUGCUGUUUCAUGUGUACUUGUACCUGUGGUCAGUGUAGCAUACGAAUGAACCUAUUGUGUACAUAUGUUGCACGUUCAUUCACUGUUACCUGUGUGAAUAUCUGUACAGUGAAUGUUCCACGAAGGCUGAGGUGUUUUCUUAUUUGCCAGACAGCUGUAACCUAGGGCUGUAUCUCUUUGUUGAUUUAGGAUUGGAGAUGAACGGUUUAAAAAUAUUUUGGCUAAUUUAAAAAGGCACCCACCCCAAUUCAUUGGGUUACUUAUUUUUAAUCUAAGUCCUCAGGGGGUGGGUGAAAACAUGGGUGGCUGGUACCAUUUUGGAAGAGGCAUAUUUCCUCGUUUUACACAGAACCAAUUUUUUAAAAAAUUAAAUUAUUUAUAUGCUGAUAUUCAUAGACGUUUACAUUUAUACAUAAAAUCACCCAAUAAAUAUAAAAAUAUUACGAUGAGAAAUUGGCUAACUAAUUAUGGAAAUACAUUCUUAAUUGCCUGUUUAAGCCUAAUGGAAUAGAAAAGUUUUCAACAGGCAUUGAAAAUUUGAAACUGCCUGCUGAAUGUUUUGGAGGUGGGGGAGGGGUGAUUAACAAAACCAAUCCUCCCGGCAAACUGGGAAUAUCCCCUCAGUCACACAGUUUAGGACAUACCACACCUUUCCUCAGCAGAGUUUCUUUUUCUUUGAGUAAAAUAAGUCUUUCAAGAAAAUGUAAACUAAGCUUUAGUAAUAAAGAAAACUACAACAAAAUAACAUGAUGAGAGAAGCCAAAUAAAACAUGAGGCAAGUUUGAGGCAAGAAACAAGAAGAGGCAGUUGGUUCCUCAUAACUGACACUCUCAACUGAACACACCCUGAAGGGAGGGGCUGAUUCUGGAGCAGAACACACAAGCCCCGCCCACCAGAUACCAGGCACUCUACUAUUCAAAUUAGGCCCCAGUGUUUUUCUUACAAGCCACUUCUCACAAUGCCUAAUUUGAAUUAAUCAAUUUUAAUUUAAACAUCCAACAAUUUCUGUACAAUCUUGUUUGUUCUCACUAUACAAAAUUGUAUCAUCUACCUUGCUUUAUACCAGGGGUCAGCCAACUUUUUCAGCAGGGGGCCGAUCCACUGUCCCUCAGACUUUGUGGGGGGCCAGACUAUUUUUUUUUGGGGGGGGGAAUGAACGAAUUCCUAUGCCCCACAAAUAACCCAGAGAUGCAUUUUAAAUAAAAGCACACAUUCUACUCAUGUAAAAACACUAGGCAGACCCCACAAAUAACCCAGAGAUGCAUUUUAAAUAAAAGGACACAUUCUAUUAAUGUAAAAACAUGCUGACUCCCGGACCGUCCAUGGGCCGGAAUUAGAAGGCAAUUGGGCUGGAUCCGGCCCCUGGGCCUUAGUUUGCCUACUCAUGCUUUAUACCUUUGUACAUUUCCAUUCUUAUCUAACUUUUUCUUAAACAUCUAUUUGCACCCUAUAGCCUUUUUACCCUUUGGCAAUUUAGUAAGUGUGCAAGUGUUGUUUUUAUUCAAUGCUUCAAAUUCUUCCUUGGCUGCUUCUAUCCACUUGUCAGCUUCUUCUGCAGGUAGUUUGUCGAUUUCUUUCCAUGUGUCAGGUUCACAAUUAGGCACUGCUCUUGCGAUGUAUGAUAGUUGCUGGCACACCUUUGUUAACUCAUGAUGAGUGUCUGAUUAACAGUUCUAAUUGUUCAUCCAUAUCAUCACACACACCUUCUUGUCCUGACUCUGUUUCCCCUGGUAAAGUACGGUAUCUUACUUGGACUAGUUUUCUCUGUUCUUUCAACUUCUGUGAUCAGUUUUACUGGAACUUCUUCAGUUACCAAAUCAGCAUUAGGCUGUUUCUCCUUAAAAUUGUUCUGAUUAGGAACACAUGCACAAGAUUGAUCUCCUUCUCUAAAAUACACUACUCACUUUCACUUCUCCUGUCCUUGGAUUAAGAAUUAUGUAACCUUUGCACCCCUUCUCAAAGCCGACAAAUAUUCAGUCCUGAUACUAAGAUUGGUACAUCUUUGUGCUGGCACAUAUGCAAAAACUUUUGAUACAAAGACUCUAAUGUGACUGAUGUUCAGUACUCUUCCAAACCCAAGUUCAAAUGCUGUUUUAUUGCAGCUUUUUUUGGCAGUCUGUUCUGCAAAUAUGUUGCUGUCAUCCUUGCCUCACCCCAAUACUCAAAUUAGAUUUCAUCAACAUACAUCUGACCAUCUCCACCAGAGAGGAAUUCUUUCUCUCCGCUAUGCCAUUUUGUUCUGGGGUAGAUGGGGUGGUGUGCAAACGUUUAAUACCAUUUUCCUCUAGAUAAGAUUUGAUGUGGUGUGACAUGUACUCACCGCCGUUGUCUGAAAGUAUUGCUCGUGGUUUCCUCCCAAAUUGAUUUUCAAUAUUUGCAACAAACAUCUUCAAUUUCUCUGCAGUUUCUGAUUUUUCCUUUAAAAGAUAAGUUGUGCAGUAUCUGGAAUAAUUGUCAAUAAAUGUUAAAAUUCACUUAUUUUUCCCAUGAGACGUUGGUUGAAUUGGACCACAUAUAUCAGUAUGAAUAAGUUGCAAAGGCUCUGUUGAACUUCUCCAGCUUUGCUUGGGGAAAGAAGGUCUUGUUCCCCAGCAAGCAACUUUCACAUACUUCACCAUUCACAUCAACUUUACAAGGUUUAAUCUCUAUUCCUCUUACCAAAGUCUCUAUGUCCCAGCCUUUUGUGCUACAGAUGAACACAAGUUGCACUUGAAUUCUACUUGACCAUAUUCACCCUUUCUUGACCUGUAUCUAGCACAAAGACUCCAUUAUUUUCAAAACCAUGUGCAUGUAAAACUCUGCCUUUGGUAAUUACACAUCUGUUGUGAUUAAAAUUUCCAUUAAAACCACACUUGGUCAGGGUUGACACACUCAGCAAACUGUUAAUUCUGGCAAGUAAACUACCUUUCUCACUUCAUUACAAACAGUUCUUCUGCCUUCAUCACACUUCUAGUUGGUUCUCCUGCUCCUUUUCCUUGCACAGAAAUUUUGUGGCCAUUUGCAACCCUAACUGUCUCUGGUGAGUUUUCAUUUAACUCUCUGAAAAAAUUAGCAUCACAUGUCAUGUGCAAUGAAGCUCCUGAAUCAAUUAACCAACUAGAAGAGUUACUGUUCCUCAUCACUGGUCAUUGGCCACUCUGGCUGCAGUUGAUGAGGACUGGAGUCCAAUAAUAUUUGUGAUUUAUGGAAAUAAAAAGUGAGAAGGCACUAUGUAUCAACCACUUCAAGCCCUACGAUUGGCAGAGAGGGCUCUGUUGGUGUUGCCUUUUCUGACUGCUGCCCAUUUGGCAUGGAUUGGUGGUGGGACCUUCUCGGUGGUCGUUCCCCAUUUGUGGAGUCUCCUUCCUUGUGAGGUACAUCUAGUACAUCUACACCCCUCAAUUUUGACUUUCAGGUGAAAUUUUAAAACAUUGCUGGUUUACCCAGUCAUUUGAAGGCAUGUAUAGAUAUCAAUUUCUGGCAACCACGAAGUUAAUAACAGCAUGGGUGAGGUUUUUCUUCUUCCGUAUUGACCCUAACACAUUUCAAAGCAGCUGAUCUCUUCCUUGGGAGCACAGUGCGUAUAAAUACUAUAAAAUAAUAUUCAGUAAUCUAUUAGAAUUUAAUGCUACACAAUAAAAUUAACUCCCAAACAUCAGCAAAUAAUAAACAGAAAUUCACUCUUAACAAUUACAAUAAAUAAUUACUAAACUGUGAUCAAUAAAAAUAACUAGUCACAAUGCAUAAAAUACCACAAUACAUACAAAACCAUGCAAAAGGAUAAAACUGAGAAACAAAGACACACAACUUAUAAAAUCAUAGAAUUUUAAGGUUGGAAGAGACCUCAAGGCAUUCAACCUCCUGCAAUGCAGGAAGCACAGCUAAAGAAUCCAUGACAGACCCAAUCUCUGCUCAGAAACCUCCCCUGAAGGAGAGUUCAUCACCCUCAGAGGGAACCCAUUCCAAAUGCAGAGAACAUUUGUAUAGCCACUUCAUGAAGGUGAUUUUUGAUGGAGCUGUGGCAAGGGAAGAAACCCCCUUCAGCUGUAAUAAAAACUUCCCAAAGGGUGCUGCUUGUGCUUCCUGUCUCACCACACAUGUUAAUUUUUAGCCUUGCCCUGAAUCUGUGUUGCUUUAUGUAUUUAUUAUUGCAUUUGUAUCCUGCCUUUUCUCCAAAGAGCUCAGUGUACUAUGCACAGUUCUUCUCCCUCUUCAUUUUGUCCUCAAAGCAAACCUGUGAGAGAAGUUAGUCUAAGAGGUAGUAGUGACUGUGGCCCAAGGUCACCCAGUGGGAUUUGUGGCUGAGUGGGGGAUUUGACCCCUGGUCUCUCAGCUACUCAGUCUGGCACUCUAAUCAUUAAUACAGCACUGUCUCUCUGUCAAGGUAGUUAUGGGCAUCUGCUUACAAAUCUCCCUAACUAGAUUGUGGCUUUUUUAAAGAGUAAAAUAAAAUGUUGCCCAUAGACAUUUGUGUUAUGCAGAGUUUGUUGUCGACAGCCCUGAUGCUGAGGGAUUUGGACCUGCACCAAGGUGAAUCAGCAGUAGCGGAAGCUGCUACAGGUUUGUUGAUUCUCUUAGGAGGUCACCAACCUGGCACAGUUCUUCGUUCUUUUCGUUGAUUCUAGGAAUAAGAAGACUGCCAGUUUCCUAAGAUGGCAUGGGCAUGAUAGUCUGAUUCUUAUUUAUUAAUAGCUUGCUUUUCCUUCAAGGACCUCUCAAAGUGUCUAAUGCAUUGCCCGCUAACAAUCCCAUGGCAUUUGGUGGGUUGGCUUUGCUGUCUUCUACAUGGCAACUACUCAGGGGAUGCUAUUUCCCCACCCCUCAGAAAGCUAGCACCUCAGGGAGAACACUUCCAGCCUGAAGUGCUUGUUUUCCAGCAGCAAAGAGGAUUAUUGUUGUUGGCUUUUCCACCAAUGUGGCAAAUGAAUUGGCCUGAAGUGGAACAUAGGAAUAGAGGAAGCUGGCGUAUACUGAAUCAGGCCAUUGGUGCAUUUAGCUCAGUACUGUCUGCGCUGAUUGACAAUGACUUUCCUGUGUUUCAGGCAAGAGCCAUUUCGAUCCCUGUCUGGAGACCUGGGAGCUUUUGCAUGCAUAGCAGAUGCUCUGCCACUAAGCUAUGGCUCUUCCCUUAAGACAGGGGAACAUAGGAAGCUGCCUUAUACUGACUAGGCCAUUGGUCCUGCUAGCUUAGCAUUGGCUACACGGACUGACAGUGGCCUCUCUGGGUUUCAGGUAGGGAGUCUCUUCCAGCUUCAACUGAAUAUGCUGGAACAUUCUACAUGCAAAGCCACGAAGCUAUGACCCUGGUACAGCUCUAGAAGGAGCCUACAGUUCUGUUUGUUUGUUUGUUUGUUUGUUUGUUUGUUUAGAUCUGCUGGAAAGCAGCCAUGAGAGAAGGCUGGACUGCAUGCUUGCAUCUAUGUUACCAUCAUACUGUUCAAGCUAUACAUCUGUAAAUAAAUGGAUCAAAAAUAUUUAAGGCUUUUGUGCAAUGAUCUUCAGAGGAAAAUAUAGUCUCUUUGGCUGCCCUGAAUACGUACUAUCGCUCUAUUAGCAAAAUGGGCUAGUUGGUGCCGAUAGGACUGUAGCCAAAAACGGGCUACUGAGAAAAAAGUGGGUGUUAUUCACAUACUGUGUGGAACCUCAAGCUUUGCAGACAUGCAAAAAAACCACUAGGAAAAUACCCUCCGCCACCCCUCUGCAGUAAGGACUGAGUGUGCUUGGUGGCCACUGGAUGUCGAGGGCCUGUUUGGGGUAGGGAAACAGAAAAUGGGGGGGGGGGAGAGAGAUAAGGAAUGGAGUAUCUUGGAAAAGAUAGCUCUCUGACUAUCUCUCUGAACAGGAGUACCCUACACUGCAACAUUUUGUUGCAGCUCUCACUUGUUACUUCUGUUUUACAUAUUGGUAAUAGAGACAUAGGGCUCUUCCAGACUUCAUUUUGCGCCGUGUUUCUAGGCACUGGUCUGGGCAUUAAAGCGUGGGCCUAUGUUUGGAAAGCCCAGUGCAAAAGGAAGUCUGGAUGAGCCUAUAGUGCCUUUAAAAAUACUACUAAAAUGUAUUCCAGUAUCGCCUAAAGCAAAGGGUGCCCUUUAUCUGAGGAACAAAUCCCGCUAUCAGGUCAAGCACAAAUUUUUUUCCAGCAUGCUAUUUUAGCAAUGUCAUGGUGACGGUGUCCAUUUUUAUCCUUCCUUCUGGGUGUUGUCCUUUAUUGAUCUGGUUGCUUACCUCUCUCCUCUCUUUCCUUUCUCUCCUUCCUAGCAAACUCAUGUUGUUAUUCUUCCAUGUUUUUGAGACAAUGUUAUUCUCCAACCCACACACCUUUUUGCAUUCCCCCCCCAAAAAAAACCAAAACAAAGAACCCUCCAGUAGUGUAUAGGGAAACUGGAAAGUUGCAUUCUUGUAUGUGUGGAGUGUUUUAAAGGAAGCGCCCCCCACACACCCAGUUUCCAGAGAAAUGUCCCCUCUGUGUGUCCCCUUGAAACCUCCUUUCCCUCCUUUCCUUCUUAUUAGAUUUCCUGAGCUGAAAGCAGAGAGAAGGAGAGGGAGAGAGUGUGAAUGUGUGUCCUGAGCAAUGCUGCAAUGCAGUUCUGAGGAUCAAGAGCAUGGCACAAGAAACGGCUGAGAGGGCCAAAUUGUGCUUUGCUGCAGAAGGAUGGGGAGGUUAGCCACUUCACACACCUCCAAAAUAACACAUCCAUCACCCAAAUAAAUAAUAACAACUGCAGAAAACUUUAAAUUUAAGGGAGGGAGAGAGAGAACCUUUAACUGCUAUGUAUGUGUGCAAGUUCAGAAAUGGUGGCUAUAAUUUAAAUGGAAAGGCAGGACCUCUGUGCCUGCUCAGCCUGGUAGCCAAGUGCUCAUAGUUCUUCCAGUGUUCUUUUUAGACUCUCUAAAGCAGACUUGUACCGGGCAGCCCUUGCAAUAGAGCUCUGACCUCUAUUUUCACAUGGUUAAACAAUGAAAUAUAUACCUGCAAGGAAUAGCAGUGGCCACUGAUUCAGAGGGCUUCAAAAGAGGAUUAGACAAAUGGAGGAUCAAGCUAUUAGAUAUGAUGGAUAUGUUCUUCCUGCACUGUUGCAGGCAGUAUAUGUCUCUGAAGACCAGUUCUGGGAAAUCACAAGUAGGGAAUUGCUAUUGCAAACUGGUUCAGCUUUUGGGGCUUCCCACUGGGGUGCCUUGCUGGCAACUGUGAGAGCAGGAUGCUGAACUUGGUGGGCCUUUGGCCUGAUCCAGCAGGACUCCUUCUAUGUCCUUAAGAUGACACUUUUGAAAAAAACCAAAGGCAGCUUUCUGUGGCUUACCUUCUUGCACAAGUCAUCUGGCUGAAGAAUCUCGAAGCUUGAUCUCACUUUGUAUGCCUAAGGGGAGCCAAUGGUGUCAUUACUUGGAGGUAUUGAUCACCACCAGGAGGUUUGGUGGGUGAGAAUUGGCAGUUCCCUCACUGCAAGAAGUGAACUAAGGGAACUAGGCAGAGGGCCUCAUCAGCAGUGGUGCACUCCCUGUAGAAUGCCCAUCAGAUGUCAAGGAGAUAAAUGACUACACAACUUUUAGAAGACAUCUGAGGGCAGCCCUCUAUUAGGAAGUUUUGAAAUGUUUAACGUUUUAUUAUGUUUUUAUAUUUUGCUGGAAGCCGCCCAGAGUGGCUGGAGAAACCCAGCCAGAUGGGCAGGGUAUAAAGGUUGUUGUUAUCGGAAGGAAUGAAUAUGCUCUACCUAAAUACCCACUAUAGCAGGGGGUGUAUGCCUCUUAAGACCAGUUGCUAAGAAUAACAAGUGGGGAGAGCUCUUGUGCUGGGUCCUACUUGUGGAUUUCCCUUUGGGGCAUUAUGGUUGGCCACUUUGAGAACAGGAUGUUGGACUAAAUGGGCCACUGGCCUGCUCUAGUGGGGCCCUUCUUAAAGUAGACCACAAGGCAGCAGCUCUCCAAGGUACUGGGCGUGGCUUUCACAUCUCCUGCUGCCUUUCAACUUUAGAUGCCAGCAACUGAACUCGAAACUUGAUGUGCAGAGGGAACUGAUGCUGUACCACUCAGCUGUGGCCUCUUCCCUCUCUAGGAAGAUUACUGGGAGAGCUGUAGUCCUCUCACUUUUGUACAUCUUGAAACACAACAGGCUGGGGGAGAAGCAGAAAUAAACCUGUGUGUAUGGUGUUGCUGUUGUUGUUUUUUUAAAAAAUAUUGCCCUUGCCUUGCUUAGAGGUUAAAAAUAUACACACAGCACAAAUGGGGUGGUAGAGUCCAAGAGUGGUAGAAAGGACUGUACCAUGCCCAGCUGUAGGGGUCUGAAGCUGGAAGUGUGUUCUAUUCAUAAGGAAAUUUAAAAACAAAAAUGAAGGAGUCGUUCAAAAAUUGUGUCCCCCCCCCCCCUCCACUAUAAUCUCAAAGUGUUGUGAUCUCCUCUUCUCUCCUGCUGCUGUUGCCUGUGCAGCCCAUGCCUAGAAAAGGGGAAGCUGACAAUAGGCUGCGGUUUGGUGCAGAUCAUAGGGUGGGGGAGAUAAUUCUGUGCAAACUACAGGGCUUGGUUUUUCUUUUUGCUGAGCCAGAUUAUGUAAGCAGAAGGUUUGCAAUGCCUUGUUACUCUGGAAACUUCCCCUAUGCUUUCUGCAGAAAGGGGUGUGUGCAGCAGUGUGUGUGUGUGUGUGUGUGUGUGUGUGUGUGUGUUUCCUCCUUUUGUCUCAUAAGCUAUUUGUUGAAAGAAAAAGACCUUCACUGUUUAAAAAGUGAGAUAAAAAAAAACGUAUUUACUCCUGCACAUUUGCUGUGCACUUUUCUUGGUAGGGAUUGGUCUGUCAAUUUUGUUCCCUCUCUGUUUCUCAAGUUCAGUUUUCCACAUUUCUGCAACAGUUUGUGAUUUUUUUUAAAUGGCAUACGUUCAUGAAAGUGAGUCAACAUUUUAGUGCAAAUUUCUAACUUGCACAUUUUUGCAAGCAGUUUUCUUUUUAAAAAUAUUUUUAUUAAGCAAUUUCAACAUAACAAAUUAUCAAACUGUAUAUUCACAUACAUUAUUUCCCCCCCCUUUCCCCCACCCACCUUCCAUCCCUCCCUUCCCCCCACCAGGGACUUCCCUCAGCUCCUCUCUCUGAUUUCUCUGCACAUAUUAUUCUCUGCAUGUUAUAAUGUUAUACAUAUCCUUAUCUAUCAAUCAAUCAAUCAAUCAAUCAUGUUAUCAACCAAUAAAUUUGUGUAUGUUUAUUCAACAAGCAGUUUUCUUUAUGCAGUGUUCCAGAAGAAUCCAUAUGGAUGACCAGUCGCUCUCUGCCUGAGUCUUUCCAGAAGACUCUAUAUGGAUGACUAACAUCUGUUUGCUUAUCACUCAAAUCAUCCUUACAAGGACAAUAUAUAUUUACAGUAUUUCAGGAGGAAGGGGUAAGGCUAUAUUAGAGAAGGGCUGUAGCUCAGUGGCAGAGUACCUGCUUUGCAUGGACAAUUGUCUCAGCUUCAAUCCCUGGCAUCUCCAAGUAGGUCUGGGAGUGUCUGCUGCCAGAAACCCUGGAGAGCUGCUGCCAGUCUGUGUAGACAAUACUGAGCUACAUAUACAAAUGGUCUGGAUUGGUAUAAGGCAGCUUCCUGUGUCCCUUCGAGCAACUGUCCAGAUCUCAGCCCAUGCAGAGGGUGAAAGUGGUGGGUGACUUGUGUAUACGGGGGUCCGGUGUGACGUCCCUUCCGCUUAGUGUAAACCAUCCAUAAAAGGGUUGCCAAAUGCGAUUUAGCUUGGGGAUUACAAGGCAUCACCUCAAGCUGCUUGUUUCUUGUUUCUAAAUAAGGUUCUAAUGUCUCUCUCUCUGUGUGUCAGAUUAUCAGCUCCUCGUGGAGAAGGCAAGCGAAUUGAGGGACUGAUGCCUCACUUUGUGUGUGCUGUGAGCGAGGAGGUUUUAUGCAUGUUGAGGUGCACUACUGUGGACCCCUUUCCAGUUUGUUGUUUGGUUGUUUAAAUCCCUUCAUUUCUUAGUUGCUUCUCCCUGUUCUAAGAAUUCUAGAUGUGGUUAAAAGGCCUGGUGAAGCAUAGUUGUAAUCUAGAAAUUCCUCACUUUGGAGGCAUAUUGGGGACACAGGGAUUUUCACACUAGCUAUGCCUACCAAGUCUCAAGCUUUGUUGUCCUCAGAAGAAGGAAGCCUGUUUCCAUUUCUAUAGGCUCCUCCUGCAGUGUAGAAUAGUAGUUUUUCAGGGUUCAGUGUUGAAGAGAGAAUCACUUCCUUUGUGGGUAGCUUUCUAGGGGCCACAGGACCAUGGCAGGUGGGGCCACAGGCAAAAAUAGAAGGCAAAAUGGAUGUUUCUCUUACUUUUGUAUGAUAGACAACCAAUGUUAGAAACUGAGAUAUGAAAGCUAGGAGCUAAAUGGCACCUUAAGCCUAGGUUAUGGGCACUGCAAUGGAGUGUCUAGGCCAGUGGUUCCCAACUUUUUUUUGGCCAUGCCCCACCUAAGCAUCUCUAAAAUCCUGAUGCCCCCCCCCCCUCUGACAUAUAAUUCUGAUUAUUCAAAAAAUGAACUCCUAUUCAUGUGGAGGAAGCCUAAAAGGCCAUUUGCUGUUAAUAACUCAUUCUUGAAUUGCCCCCCUUAAAAAUCAAAUUGCCCUCCUGUGGGGCAUGUGCCCCACCUUGGGAACCACAGGUCUAGGAACACUUUUUAAAAACAAGAAUACAAAGCUGAAAAUGAAUGAACUGCAGCUAAAAUCUUAUGUUCAUUUUUGAAACCUAGACCCGUGGUUCCCAUCUGAAGAUUGCAAAAAAAACAAAGCUAUGCUUCCCCUGCCAGCCCCCUUAGUAUUCUUAUGAGGGUAAUUUCUCAAAUCUUCAGAGAGUGGCUGGAAGUGGGGAGGCAGAAAAAGCUCCUCCUUUUCUUCCACCAGUGGCAGUUUUAAUCUGAAAUCUUAGGCGCAGUACUGCAUCCAGAGCUCAGAAACUGCUCGCAUUAAUAAAAUUCCCUGCCACAAAAUGUGCCUAGAAUAAUGGGAGUUUUGAACGCUUUAGACAACAUUCCAGCCAUGCAAAAGUAAGAAGUUUCUGGGCGCUUAAGCGUAUACACCCAUUUCACAGUAUUCUCAUGCUAAAAGCUGGCUUGAGGGGAAAGGGAAGAAGUCUCACACUUCUACACAGUUUUCCCAGAUGCACAGACAGGACCAAUCACAGGAUUGAAACAUUGUGGGAGGAUGAUAAAUGAUUUAGAAUAGAGGAGAAUCAAUGGGCUAAGUCCAUUUAUGGACUAAAAAGCCAGUUGGUUGACCGCAAAUGUAAGAGAAACUGCUCUUAAGAUAUUUCAUUGUUGAUCUAGGACUCCUGUAUGAUUAUCUCAUUUUCUACCAAUGGUUGCCCAUAACUGUUGGUCAGCAUGUGCUCUUUGGUGGCACUGGCCUAUAGUGGAAAAGUUUUCAACAGAUAUCCAUGGGGGACUUGCAGACAUUACAGAAGUUAUUGCCUUUAUAUCAGAAUUACUUUUAUUAUAAGAAUGUAAAAUCAGGCCAGUGGCCCAUCUGGUCCCUACUGUUCUCACAGUGGCCAACCAGUUACUCGUGGGAAACCAGGGAGAAGUGUGGCCUUGGGACAGUCUCAGAUAGCUGACCUCUGUGGCCUGAGAUUCCUCACCUGUGGUCUAUCAGUAAUUCCAAGCCCAGGAAUUACAUUUGGCUACCAGAACUGAAUGAGGUUCACAGUCCUUCAACACAGAAAUCCACUCCUGUUUACUUGACUUCAGUACCACAUUUGCAUAUUUUGUUAAUAAAUCAGAUUGUUUGAUUGAAGUACACUUGGUUUGGUUUGAUCCACCAGGAUUCUCAAGUUCUCAACUCUUGCUUAGCAAAGCUACUCUGCAAUCCUACUGCUAUAUAUUCAGUAGGCAUUGGCAACUAAUAAUACCAGUAAACUGUCCUGUUGUGAGUUUAAUCCCAAUGAUACCUGAAUGCCCAGAUAAUUUGGUUUCCCUUGUGACUUUUGGGGGCAGGGGGCAUAUUGGGAUAAAGAUUUUCCUGAGCACAUAAUGCCUAUGUUGUCUGGACAGAGAAACUGGUUGGCUGCUGCCUAAAAUCCAGCUUUGCUUUGCGUGUUGUUUACAAGUAGGACCUGCAACAGAAAGUUGCAGUGUGAAGUGCUUGCAUUAUCUGACCUUUGUCCCUGUGCAUGGUUAUGUGCUGCUCUUCAGAUUUCUGGCCCUUAUCCCAUCUCUAUCCAUGUCAAAUCUCUUGAAUUGUGGGGUCACACAUUAAGUCUUUAAUGCACAUAGACUUAAAUGCACACACAUUGAUAUUUAAGGCUGCUACACAGUAUGCAGUCUGCCAUUUUGUGUCCUGUGGAAGGUUCACUUUGAAUUCUUGAUUGUGCAGCACACUAGCAGUUUUCCAUUGUGCAACAGGACAUCCUUGUCCUUGGCAAGCCAGCAUGUUGGUAGAGAAGGGUAGGAGGGAAUGUUUCUCUUUGACGUGUUGCUUUCUCCCAGGGUGUAGCCAGGAUUUUUGUUAGGGGAGCCAGAACCUCAGUUACCUAUUUUUUAUUGAUUCUUAUGGGAGGCGGGGCAAACAUAAAAUUCUGGUAUUUUGCAGGAGGGAUUCAAUCUGGAGAUGACCCUAGCCACCACAGUUGCAAUUGGGGAAGGGGCAUAGCUCAGUGGUAGAGCACCUGCACCUGUCUUACAAGUAAAAGGUCCCAGGUUCCACCCCUGGCAUCUCCAGGUAGGGCUGGGAAUGUCUCCUGCUUGAAACCCUGGAGAGCUGCAUCCAAUCUCUGUAGACAAUACUGAGCUAGAUCAGGGGACAGCAACCUUUUUCAGCUGUGGGCCGGUCCACCAUCCCUCAGACCAUGUGGUGGGCCAGACAUAUUUUUGGGGAAUGAAAUGAAUGAAUUCCUAUGCUCCGCAAAUAACCGAGAGAUGCAUUUUAAAUAAAAGCACACAUUCCACUCAUGUAAAAACACCAGGCAGCCCCCACAAAUAACCCAGAGAUGCAGUUUAAAUAAAAGGACACAUUCUACUCAUGUAAAAACACGCUGAUUCCCAGACCAUCCACAGGCUGGAUUGAGAAGGCGAUUGGGCCGCAUCUGGCCCACGAGCCUUAGGGUGCCUACCGCUGAGCUAGAUGAACCAAUGGCCUGAUUGACUCAUUAUAAGACAGCUACCUCUGUUCCUAAUCAUGGAAGGGGAAGCUCAACACUCAGUUGUGCAUUUGUUGGGAAGAGUGUCUUAGAAUCCAGAUAUAGGGAGGGGAGGUACUUUGGAGGAGGGAAUCCUCUUACUCCUCCCUAACUCUUUCGCUUUUGCCUCCUUGCUGCUGUUACCUUUCUUCUCAUUACAAAAAUAAAAUUUUAAGGGCAGGGGGAAGGCAGAGUGCCAGUUGAACAUAGGAAGAGCCCUAAUGGAGCUGCUCAGUGACGCAUCUAUCCCAACACAGUGGCCAACAAGCACAGUAGUACUCUUCCCACCUGAGAUUUCCAGAUGAGUAUUCCCUCCAUCAAAGAAGGCAGAACAUAAGAGCCUGGCUGCUGCAUCAGGCCAGUGGUUCAUCUAGUUCAGCAUCCUAUUCUCAUGGACGCCACCCAGAUGCCUCCAAGAAGCCCACAGGCAGGACCUAAAUGCAACAGCACCAUUCCUGCUUAUGAUUCCUAGCAACUGGUAUUCAGAGGCAUACUGCCUCCUGCAGUGGAGGUAGAACAUGGCUGUCAUGGCUCGUAGCUAUUGAUGCUUGUGUAGUAAAAAUAGAAAAUACGGUAAAUAACAGAGUAAGCCUUUCUCAGUGAGACAUUCUAAGGUGGUAGAAAAGGAGACGAUCUCAGCCAUAGGACCUUGGGGCAGUGUGUAGCAUAACACUUCUAUUUUCUGAUCUUGUUUUCUUUCUUUCUUCCUUCCUUCUAGAAAUUAUGGCUGAUGUGAUCAAAAAGGUGAAGAAGAAGGGGGAAUGGAAGGUGAGAGGCUUGAUCUUGACAGAUUGUGAGUUAGUAGAAAUUAGUGUGCUUAUGUGUGUAUGUACACAGUUAUAACCAAUUCCAACUCGCCAUCUGCUGCCUUGUCCCACUUUUCCAGAGAAGGAUUAGUUCACUGUGACGUCUUGGUAGGCUCAGGGUGUGCAUGUUUUGUAGCAUUUGUCACAGAAGCCCAAGAUAUGAUUCAGGAUUUUGCAUCCACAGAAACAUCUUCAAUUUUAUUUAUUUAUUUGUUUAUUGAGAUUUCCUACCUGUCCUUCACCAUAAGGUCUGUGGGUUGGUUACAAGUACUUUUUAAAAUAUAAAUUAAAUCUUUAUUAUAUCUUCAAUUAUUCAGACUUUUUUGUGUGCCAUUGCUUCAUAUAUGUUUUUAUUGCAUUGUAAAACAUUUUGAGAUGCCUCAGGAGAAGCAAUUCAUAAAUGAAAGAAGGAAUAAUAACGCAGCAUGCAGAUAAAACCAGUUUAACUAUAAAACAACUGAAACCAUUCCAAGUGGAACAGAAGACUACAACUUCAGCAGCAGAGGUGGGUCCCACAAAACAAAUACCACAGCAAAGACCGUGGUAAUGAGGUGCAUUUUAACAUACAGGGAAAGCUGUACAGGCAAAAUGCCAGGUGCAUCUCUGUGGCGAGGGAGUUCCACAAUUUAGGGGCUGCUGCCCAGAAGUCCUCUCCCUCCUGGGCCACCAUUCUCUGCACCUCUGAGGGUGGCAAACCAACCUAGAGAGCCACACACAGAUCUUAACACCUGAGAAGGUCAGGAGGGAUGGAGAUGGUCUUUCAAAACUGGGCUCAUGUGAGUUCCACUGGAACCCUCAACUCAGCAGUUACUGCUGUUCCAGAUGAAGCAUCCUGUGCCAUAGUAGGUGAUGUGUUGUGGGAUCAGUUUCAGCCAAUGCAGACUGCUGAUGUGGACAAGGUGCUUGCAGCUGUACGCCUGACUACAUGCCCUCUUGACCCCUGUCCCUCCUGGACUACUAAAUCUAAUAGAGAGGGUUUGAUUGGUUGGGUCCAGAGUGUGGUACAUACUUCCUUGCACGAGGGAGUGGUGACUGCUGCCUUGAAAGAAGUGGUGGUGUGGUCUCUCCUAAGAAAAGCAACUUUGGAACUGUUGGACUGGAAUCCACGAGUCACAAAUUCUCCCUUCUUGGGAAAGGUGGUGGAGAGAGUUGCAGUGGGGCAGCUGCAAGCAUUCUUGGAUGACACUGGUUAUUUAGAUCCAUUCCAGUCUGGGUUGAGUUGUCCUUGGUCACUGUAAUGGAUGACUUUUACAGACAAUGAGACAAAAGGAGUGUGACCUUGCUCCUGCUUCUCGAUCACUCAUUGCUGUUGACCAUGGCAUCCUCUGAACCAGCUCCAUGGAAUGGGAAUUGGAGGCACUGUGUUACAACAGUUUUGGUCCUACCUGUGGGUCUGAGUCCAGAGAGUAACACUGGGAGAGUGUUUUUCACUGGUUCUGCUAUGGGGUGACUAAUACCUGAAGCCACUAGAAGCGGUCCUUAAGUAAUUUGGAAGCAAGAUGCCAUCAGUAUUGUUAUCACACUCACCUCUGUUUCUAUCUAAACCUCUGAAUAAGGAGAGUCUAUGGGGCCCUGGACUGGUGCCUGAAUGCAUUGGUGGGAUGGAUGAGGUAAGGAAACUGGGUUAAAUCCUAGCAAGGUGGAGGCACUGUGGAUGAAUGCUUACCAAGUAUGAGUCAGUUGUCUGCUUUGAAUAGGAUUGUACUCCUCCUGAAGGAGCAGGUACGCAGUUUGGGGGUUCUUCUACAUCCAGAUUUGUCACUGCAAGCCCAGAUAGCCUCAGUGACUAGAGGUGCCUUUUCCAGCUGCAACUGGUGCAAUAGCUGCAACUGUUCCUCUGAACCUGGAGAGCUUGACCACCGUAGUUCAGUCACUGGUGACUUCAGGGUUGGAUUACUGCAGUGCAGAAUCUACAACUAGUGCAAAAUGCUGCAGUGUGAUUGCUUACAGGAGUGAGACCCUGCUAGCAUAUAACACCUCUGCUUGGGACCAGUUUAUCUGCAGGAUCACCUUACCUAACACACAUUCCUGCUCAACCACCUUGAUCUGAGGAACUGUCACUCUUACAGACACCAUAUGACCCUCAUUCCGCACUUGUAAGAAAACAGUCUUUUGUGUGACAGUACCUACACUUUGGAGCUCCCUGUCUGUUGACAUGAGGCAGAUGCCUUCACUGUAUCUCAGUGCCUGCUUAGAACAUUUAGGCAAGCCUGUCCAGACAUGUGGAAGUUACAUGUGCCUUGUUUGUUUUAACUACAGUUAGCUACAGUUAACUGUUGUAAGCUGAAGACUAGCCUUUUUACCUGAACCUUGGGCACAUGAGAUACAUAUUUUUGGAUCCACCAUAUUCUCUUGACUGUAAUUCACUUUAAACUGAUUUUGAUUGUGUCUUUAAAUUGCUGUUACCCCACUCUAGGACCUUAUGGUGAAGGGCAGGUAAGUGAUGAUGAUGAUGGUGAUGAUAAUGGGGAAGAAGAAGCUCAUAUGCAGGACAGUUUUAGUUCAACCCCAAGCCAAGUCGGUGGCAACUUUUGCAUGACUUCUUUCUCCUUCUCUCCCAGGUGCUGGUGGUGGAUCAGCUGAGUAUGCGUAUGCUUUCUUCCUGCUGCAAAAUGACUGAUAUCAUGACUGAGGGCAUAACAAGUGAGUGCAUUGUUCAGGACCUCCCCCACCCCCUUUCUCCAGCCACCUCACCCUCAUUGUCUGGAUAGAACCAAACCUGGAUACCACCUCGUUUGCCUGGCAUAUGGGUUGCCAGGAUGAUGAGGAUGAUGAUUUCAAUUUAUGUACUGCCUCUUAUCAAAAGCUCUCAGGGCGGUGUAGAAACAUAUUACAAAACAUCAAUGACAAACACACAGGCAGCCCAUGGGCAAACUUGGAUUUCUGAGCAAGUGCCAUGGGUGCCAAUCUCCUCUCAGAGACAGUUAUCAAACAUCUUCUUUUGGACUUAAGCUGUGUUUCCGUGAAGUUUCAUUGUAUGUGAAGCCCUGUUCUCUUGAAACUGAGGUGUUUUCAGCAUUCCUAAAUGUUUAGUUUUGGAGCAUACAAUGGUUUAAAAGCUCCUCAUUCAUACUGAGGCAAAUUGGACUGGUAGUUGAAACUUAUACCAAUACUAGUGAAAGAACAAUGUAUUUCACUUCACUAGUGGGCAGCAGGUUAGUGGGGGGGGGCAGGGCACAUGGCACUCAUAGCUCUGGCCCUUCCCCCAUCUCAGCAUCUGCUGCCUGAGGCAGCUGCCUCACUCUUCCACAUCUUAGGGCCUGAAUACAUCACUACUUGUGUAGCUGGGUGGUGGCUUCAUUUAGUAAGUCAGAAGCACAACAGCCACCCAAGUCCAUUUUAUUUUGAGUAUUGGCUGCGUUGUUGUUGUUGGAGGUGGUGGUGGUAUUCCAAGGGGAAAGCUAACUUCUCACGUGGACUGAUUGAAUUGUAGGCUAUUGAUCUCUGAGAAUGGAGCAAUAACUAGUUGCAGGACUUGGUAACCACCUUGAAUCUGCCAUAUUUUCCUCCCUGAUGAAAAUCUCUGUUGCGUUGCCUUUUGCAGUUGUGGAAGACAUCAACAAGCGCCGGGAGCCACUGCCCAGCCUGGAGGCUGUGUACCUCAUCACCCCAUCAGAGAAAGUAAGCGUGAUAGAAGCAUGAUAGAAGUGUAUAAAAUUCUGUGUGGUGUGGAGAAAGUGGAGAGAGGAAAGUUUCUCUCUCUCGCUCUUGCAUAACUCUAAAACUCAAGGACAUCCAGUGAAGCUGAAUGUUGGAGGAAUCAAGUGUUUCAUUAUUACACUGUGCAUAGUUAAACUGUGGAACUCGCUCCUGCAAGAGGUAGUGAUGGCCAUCAACUUGAAUGGCUUUAAAAGAGGAUUAGACAAAUUCAUGGAGGGCAAGGCUAUCAAUGGCUACUGGCUGUGAUGGCUUAUGUUCUUCCUCCAUUGUCAGAAGCAGAAUGCCUCUGAAUCCUACUUCCUUGGACAUUGCUGUGCUCAGGUUCUGCUUGCCAGCUUCCCAUUAUUGGGAUGUGUCCAAGGGAACGGGGCCACAUCGCAGGCCCCCAGCUGGCUCCAGCCCACCGGCCGGCAGCCGGGUGAACUCCGGUCUUUGGAACAGCAUCAAAACAGAGGCACACAGCUUCAGAAGCCUUCAGAAGCUUGAACACACCUUAAUCAGCAGGGUGAAUAACACGCAACAGAAGUGGCGGACAGAGGCAUAUGUAAAGCAUAUUUACAAGCAGUUUAUUCAGCAUAGUUCAGGACAAAGAAAACAUAUCUGCUCUCUUUCAUGUCCAAGAGCAGGAAACAUAAGCAAAAGCUAUACACAACGGAAGUUCCCAUCAGGCUGUGCUGGAAGUAAACAGACAUGUGACAUAAAACAACUCCACAUGCCUGUUCUAAAGGUGGAAUGGAACAUCAAUAGCCUAACACCAUUUGGGGCAUCUGAUCUGCCGCUAUAAGAAGAAGAUGCCGAGCUAGAUGGGUCAUUCACCUGAUCCAGUAUGGCUUUUCUUAUGAGGUAGCAUGCCUCUGAAAUGGCUAAGGGGGUUGGCUAUUCUGGAAUGCCUGCCCUAAGAAGACACAUCUGGCACAAAUGCUGCAAUAUUUUUUGGUGCCUGGUCAAGACUUCCUUCAUUUAGACAGACUUCUAGUCAGAAAUGUUUUUUUACCCUAAUUUGUUCUCUAUAUUACGCUGUUUGUUUAAAUAUAUUGCAUGUCAUGUGAAUUGUCCUCACAGUUUUGUACUCUACCCUGCAUUCUUCGGGUGAUGGCCAUUCAAGGAAUGACUUAAAUAGAGCUGGUGCAGUGAGGGGGUGAGAAUGUUGAACUAGAAUCUGGGGGCCCAGGGUUCGAAUCGCCACUCAGCCAUAUGAAGCCCACUGGGUAUCCUUGGGCCCAGCUGGGCACUCUCUCUCAGCCUAGCUUACCUUAUAGGGUUGUUGCAAGAAUAAAAUGGAGAGGAGCAAGAAUAAAGUAUGCCACCUUGAACUCCUUGAAGAAAAGGUGGGAUAUGGAUGUACUAAUAUUUCAAAUGAAACCAGUAGGGUUGUAUUUUGGGACAAAACUGUAUUGGCCAAUUCUCCUAUCCAAAGACAGAACUUCCCAACCUCAUUUUAAGCAAGUCAAGCCUUGUUAUAAUAGUGGUCAGUGGGGCAGGAUCAGGGAGUCAGGAGAAUAACUUUAUAAAGGGGGCUCACCAAGCAAACUAACUUGGGAAAAAUUGUUUUCAUACAAACCAAGGUUUGAACUUUGAGCAGAACUAGCAAGCAUCUAAAACUGAUUGUUUUUACUUAUUCUUCUUUCUCCUAGUCUGUUGAGUCUCUCAUUGGUGAUUUCAAGGAACCACCGAAUGCCAAGUAUCGAGCUGCCCAUGUCUUCUUUACUGACUGUAAGCAUACUGGGAAUUUCUCUCUGCCCCUCCUGGUUAUAACUAGAAGUUUCAAGAACUACACUGUAUGGUGCUACAAACCAAGCAUGGGGAACUUCUUUCACCCCCUGCUGUCUAUGUAGGGUUGCCAUACAUCUGGGAAAUCCCAGACAUGUCCUCUUUUGAGGGAUCAACAGGACCAUCUGGGGGAAUUGUUACAUUUAAAAAAAAUAAUAAUAUGUACACAUUUAUUCAGCUUGGUGGGUCCAUAUCUCCUAGUCUUCUGUUUCCAGAUUAAACAAAUAAUGAAUUGAUGAAACGUUACAGAAUCAUACCACAGGUAAAAUUUAAUUAAGCUAGAAAGGAUGCAUCAUAGGUAGGAAAAAUGCACAUGGACCCAAAUCUGUUUGCAAGAAUAUUGUCUACAUAAUUUCAUAGACACAGCUCCAAUUAACAGUUGGUUCAGUAUUAUGAACUGCAUUUUGCAUGUGCAUGGAAACAGCAUUUCCUUCCAGUAUCAUUUUUUGCUUAGCCUUGUUAUUAUUUCCACAGUUGGGCUAAUUAAUAUGGUAGUUUAAAGAAGCUAACUGAUAGGCAGUGUUGAGAUUUUAAAUGAUGCAAGAUGAAGCUCACACUGUACGCUAGAGGAACUAGGACAUAUGAAUAUAUUAUGCUCAAAACUCCAUGCAUAUGAAUCAGAGCAUCAGAAAACUGUUUUUGUGAACAAAAUAAGUACACACGUGGAUUAAAAAUCUGCACAACCUACCUACACCAGUGGUUCUCAAAGGGUGUUUCAAUUUUAACAUUUUAAAGGAAAUGUCCAGGGUUUUUAUUUUAUUUUUGCAUGGGUGGUGCGGGUGUGGGCAGCUUGGCAGCAGGCUCAGCUGCAGGUGGCUCUCUACACUGCGGCCACUGCUAGCCCAAGCCAGAGAAAGAGGCACGUGGGCAUGGCGGUGGUGGCCCCACACUCCCAUGCGCCUCUUUCUGUGGCUCAAGUUGGCAGUGGCUCAAGCUGUCCUCUGUUUUUGCUCAUCAAGAUAUGGCAACCCUAUUCUAUGCAACCAUCUGGGAGCCACAAGGCAUGGUAGGCAGAGCUGGACGCAAAAGUGGGUAGACCAAGUAAUGCUAAUAUAACAUUUGCUUGAGUAGGCUUGUUUCUACACACACAAACCUUUCCCUCAGGCAAGCAUGAGGAAAGAUGUGAGUUCAAGGACCUAUUACAAUCCAGUAAAAUCACUCAGGGAAGGUUCAAAGUAUGGCGGGGGAGGGUGUGUGGCCUGUGGGCAGUCCUGAGGGCCAGAAAAAGAAGGCUAGACAGCUGCUUCUGGCUCCCCAGGUCAAAGAUUUCUACUUCAAGCAGGUUCUCCAGGCAGUGCUGAUUGGUGGAUGCACACCAUUUCCUGCAAGGACCUGCUGAUCUGUAAUUUCUGCAGAUAAGGGAGGAAUUCCUUAAGUGGCAGCAUCUGAAAUGACAUUGUCAAAAAUCCUAGCAAGGGAUGCUGCAGAAGAUGACUGUUCCUUAUGUGGAAAAAAGAAGACUGAAAAGCAAAACAAAGCAGUGGCUUCAGUGAUGAAUGAAUGGGAAUGUGACAUAGAAAGGAGGGAUUCAGAGGCAGCAAUGGAUGGUGUGUCACCUGUGGUUUUGAGGAAAUGGCCCUGUAUGGUGUGGGUGGGCCUGAUUUGGCUCCUCACCUCAUACCCCCACUGAGGCAUCCAAAUGGUUUUGAGUUGGCUGUUUGACUAUAGUGGCUACUUUUACUCCAUUCUUCCAGCUUGCCCUGAUUCCUUGUUUAAUGAGCUGGUCAAGUCCCGUGCUGCGAAAGUCAUCAAGACUCUGACAGAGAUCAACAUUGCUUUCCUGCCCUACGAGUCUCAAGUGAGUCCACAGAGUGGUGGGGGCAAGUAGGGUGGGUGGGUGGGAGCUAAACUUGCUUUUGCAUGCAAAAGGUCAGCCUGUUUGUCCAGCUCACCAGUGUCACCCUCUGACUGGCAGUGGCUCUCCAGCUUCCCAGUCACAAAUCUUUCCCAUCACUUGCUACUUGGUUGUUUGAACUUGAGGUGUCGGGGAACUGAACCUGGGCUCCCUUUCUAUUUGAUAUUCUCUGCUCAUUAUGUCAAAAAAUGCUUUGACCCUGUGCAACAACUGAGAAAGGACUGUGCAUUUCUAGUUUUCAGUUUCAGCACAGAUUUGGUGUGUCAGGGGGAAAACAUCCCACUUCAUUUCAAAGCACUUCUGCCUGGUUCAGUUUGGAUCUGCAUUUCAAUUUGAAAAAAAAAAAAUCAUUUCUUUCAUUUCUUUCAUUCCUUUCUUACAUUUAUAUACCACAUUUUCCUCCAAGUUGCUGAAAUCAGUGUACAAUUGCAGAUUGUGGAGAACUGACUUUGGGAUUGGAGAAAUUGGAAAGUUAAGAAAACUGAUUUUUUUUAAAUUUUCUUAUUGCAUUUGUGCACCAGUUUUGCCUCUGAGGAGCUCAAAGCGGCUUACACGCUUUCACCCCCAUUCUAUUUUAUCAACACAACAACCCUGUGAGGUAGGUUAGGUUGAGAAUAAUGACUGCUCCAGGGUCACCCAGGGGGACUUCAUGGCUGAAUUGGAAUUUGAACCCUGGUUUCCCAGGUCUUACCUUCAUGCCUCCCCCAUUCACCAUUAUUGUGAAAUAAUAAUUUUAAAAGCAGCUGUUACUUUUAUUUUCCUUUUGACACAACUGGAUAAAAUUUGCAGAUGAUGCAACAGAAUCAUGUGUGGUGUAGUGGUUAGUGUGUUGGACUAGGGCUUUGUAGAACAAGGUUCAAAUCCCCAACGUGGCCCAUGAAGCUCAUUGGGUGAUCCUGGGCUGGCAACUGUCUCUCAACCUACCUAUCUCAUCUGUUGUUGUGAGAUAAAAUGGGGCGAGGGGAACUAUGUACCCUACCUUGAGUCCUUGGGGUGGGGAAAGGUGGGAUAUAAAAUGUAAGAAACAACAACAUUAACAUAAGAUUCCCCCACUCCCUCUCAGUGAGCAGGUCUGGCUACCAAUUAAAGGGCUGGCCCAAUUAAGACUCACAUCUCCCUAAGGGGCCCACUGAUAAGAGCCCCACCCCAGUCAGCAGUGAUGACAAUUCUCUUGUGUGUGCUUCAGAGCUAUAGCCUCAUCCAUCUUCUUGUAUGCUUCUUAAGUUGCCUACAGAGGAAAGAGAGGAUUACAGGCUUACAUAAGGGCUUGCAGUGGGAAUUGCAAUUCAUGCAACAGCUUUCUAGGCGAGGGAGUGGCCUCCUUCCUUCCUGCCACCCUGUGCUUGUCUUCCUUGAUUUAUUUAUUCUUUCUCCAGGCCUGCCUCUCUCUGUUGCGGCCUUAGCCUUCGUGCUCGCACCCCCACACGCAGGCACAAACAAACACAGAUGUUCCCUGCGUUCUACUCUUUCUCUUCUACCAUUGGCUGGUUCUCUCCAAUGGGAGAAGCAAGGAGCCUUCCUUGGCCAUCUGCUUUGCAAUUGGCCCUUCCUGUGCCGUACCAAGGGGUGGGUGGGUGACGUGACUAGGAACAGAUGGCAGGCAGGUGUACAGAGCUAUAAAUACUAAACAGGUCACUUUUCUCUGCACAAACAUGCCCUUGGCGAAUAAGCACAGAGAUGACUUCACUUCCAGCGGAACUACUGAUGACGAACAGAAGAGAACUAUGCAUGCCACCUGGAUCUCCUGGGGGGGGGGGGAGGAGAGAUAAAAACGCAAUAAUAAAUAAAUAAAUAUAGCCAAAACUGCAUUGGGCACAGAUAUGCGGGAGAUAUAGCGAGAGCUCAGAGAGCCUAGAGAUUUGCAAAAGUAUAAAAAUGAAAUCUUAAGGGGGGAGGGACUUAACAUGGAGGAUAUCCCAGAAUACUGCAUAGUAAAGACUUUGGAGGGGGGGGGAGAGAGAGGAUGGAAUGGGGCAGCUGGAAGUUGGACAAUCCAUGCUGCCAGGUACUAUAGUGGCAGCAGUGUAGACAGCAUUUUGCAGACAUUAGCAAAAAGGCAAAUCCCUACCCUGACAGCCUUAACAACCUGCUUUUCUAUUGCUUGAGUGAGCAGUGACAGCAGGAAACAAGCAUGGGAAGGGAUGAGCGCAAGCAGAUCUAGGCAUGCAAAGAUAAGUUUUGUUUUAGUCCUCCUGGAUCAAAUCAAAGUUCAUCUAAGCCCUGCAUCUUCUUUCCCAUUGUCAGCAGCCGGAUGCCUUUGGAGCACCCCAGAGCAAAAAUGCAAUAGACUUACCCUCUCCUGUUGCCCCAUAGGAACCAGCAAUUGAGUAGUAGGCUGGCUCUCAAGCUACAGGCUGCAUUUAGCUACCAUGGAUCAUAGCUAUUGAUAGACCUCCUGCAUGGAUUUGUUUCAUUCUUCUUUAAAGCAAUCCAAGCCAUGGCCGUCGCCAUCAUGUUAUGAUUGUGUGAUGAACUCCCUUCUUGGUCUAUUCUCUGUUGGCCUACCAGCCAACAUAUCCUCUGAACUUAGGGAGGCAACUGAACAAACAGUGUUGGGAGGAAAGAUUUACUCCCUUCCCUUCCCUGCAGCAAACUCUAUCCCUUUUUUCACCCAGUGGUGAUGUUGCAUCCCACUAAACCAAGUAGCAACCUGGGAGCAGUAUGUGGCCUUCAGCUCCAUUUUGUGUGCUUUGCAACAUUUCCCUGGUGGUGCUCUAUUCUUCCAACCCAUCAAAGAGUGGCUUCCUUCUUGUUUUCCUCUUAUUUUUUCAAUUUUUCUUUUUAAAUGUCCCCCCAUCUUUGUGUUUAGUUUCAGAACAGUUGGAAAUGGGAGUGUUUAAGUGGUGAAGGUUGGAGAAUAUUGCGCUAGCCCACAGUUGAGCAUAAUGUGUGAUUGUGGCUAUUGUUACAGCUGUUUGCUCAAAGGGUGCUUUGCCAUGAUAUAUUUGGUUCCCCUUUUUCUGCAAAGGUAUUUGUUGGAGAUAUUUGCUCCUCCUUCAUCCCCAACAUCUGCUGCACCAUCAUGCCCUGCUUUUGAACUCUCCCUAAGACAUCUGUCAGAUCUCCUCCAGGAGGCAGAAUAUUAAUCUGAAUGGACUAUUCUCCUGACUGCGCGUGGCAGCAGUCAAGAUACAAAAACAACAACAAAAAAGCUAGUUGCAGAGGGGGUUUAAUUUGAGCAAGAUUUCUUCCCUUUCAGGGUCUGUUUUCAGGCCCAGGACUUGCUGCUGUGUUUAAGUACUUUAUGUUCAGUUCAGCUAAUAGGGUCUACAAACCAUAAAAAUCCCAAUAUAAUAAAGGGUUAUCAAGACAACCAAACAGCUGAGGAAGAAAACCCCACAAUAUACAUGGACACAAAGUGUGCAAUUUAAAAUACGAACACAAUAAAACCCAUGUUCAAUCAGAAAUAGUGUUUUUUUUUUAAAGACACUUUUGACAUGGGGCUCAUCUUCUCUUUAACAAUUGUGGCCUGGUUUUAAUGACUAUAGCAAGGAACUAUAUUUUCUGUAAUCUUAGGGUUGCUAUUGAAACAUAAAUUUCAUCAAAGUUCCACUGUUUUUUAUCUGUGGUGGAAAUGCCCUCUGGCACUGAUGGAAUUGGGAUGAUGCUAUUACUGAAAUAAGCCUCAUUGUAUGCUACUCCUUGUUUAAAGACCACAACCUGUGCUUACUAUGCAUAUUUUUGGGUGAUUACACAGAAGCACUUUCUGAGGACUUGAUAAGGUUUAUGCUUGUGGGGGCAUGUAUAAUUACAGCACAACACUUCAAAAUAUUUUGGGUCUGACUGUCCAGAAGUAUUGCAUCAAAUCUUGGGACUUAGCAAUAAUGAAGGAACUAACAAGUCACCUUAACACCCCAUCUGUACCUCACAUUUACAGCAGAAUUAUACCACUUUGAAGAGGCAGGGCCCCCCCCCCGAAUCCUGGGAAGUAUAGUUUAUUAAGGGUCUGAGAGUUGUUAGGCGACUCCUAUUCCUCACACAGAGCUACAAUUUCCUAUCUAUCUAUCUAUCUAUCUAUCUAUCUAUCUAUCUAUCUAUCAUGUAUCUAUCAUCUAUCUAUCUCUAUCUAUCUAUCAUCUACCUAUCUACCUACCCACCCUUAAUCCAAAAUUUACAGAGCAGUUCACAACAUAAAAAUAUAAAAUGAGAACACAAAAUACAUAAUAAAAAAGUAACCCCCACCCACAAACCCAUUUUAAAAGCCAUAGAAUGUGCAAUCAGUCAAAGGCCUGGUUGUAAAGGAAUAUUUUUGCCUGGUGCCUGAAGAUGUGUAAUGAAGGCAGCAGACGAAAGUGGUUUAACAGUGACCCCUUCUUAUCAGGGAACUCUACUAGGCUCAGUUCCCAGCAUCUCCUGUGUAGGGCUGGGAAUGUCCCUCUCUGAAAUGCUGGAGAGCUGCUGCCAGUCAGUGCAUGCAAACCUGAGCUAGAGGGACCAGUGGUCUGACUUGGGAUAAGUCAGCUUCCUAUCUUCCCACCUUGGAGAGGUUUGCUGGCUCCCGUGUAUGAUAUCCACCCAUUUUACUUGGCCUUGAGAAUUUAGCUCACUUUGCCAUUCUGCUGUUCUUUUGAUGCCCUCUGCAGGUUUACUCCCUGGACUCUGCUGACUCUUUCCAGAGCUUCUACAGCCCUCACAAGGCCCAGAUGAAAAACCCAAUCUUGGAGCGCCUGGCAGAGCAGAUUGCCACCCUUUGUGCCACCCUGAAGGAAUACCCUGCUGUCCGAUACAGAGGGUAAGUCUGGGUUCUGGACAGGGGUCUUCUAAAGGAAGCGCUUUGUGCUCUGCCAACCCUGACCUUUCUUUCCUUUACUUACCUGGUAGUAAAUAGCAACAAUGAAUAAGAUGCUUUAUUUACUAUUUCUCUUCCUCCUCCCCUCCAUCCUGAUGUGCCCCAAAUAUAUUUAUAGAUAGUAGCUUUAAGGCAGGGUUUCACGUACAAGUUAUAGCUAAAACAAAUCCUUAGAAAUAACUUCCCCAAACUGACUCAGGUUAAUGAAUCACACUUGCAAAUCGGCUCACUUUUCUUUAUUUUCUAUUUAUUUAUUUUUUGGAAAGGUUUGCUUGAAUUGUCCAUGCUGGCUGGAAAGGAUGGGAGUUGGGAGUUUUAUUGAUUUACUUUAUAAAAAGUAUAUGUGUGCUGCCAUCUCUUAAGAUGUCAGGGUGGUGUACAACAACAUCUAUACAAUGAAAACAUAAAGCACCAUUUAUAAAAAGGUCUGGGAAGCCACAGGUUCCUUGUGCCUGCUUUGGGAAAAGGAAAACUAGAUGAAUGCUGGUCCCAUCCAGCAAAGCAGUUCAUACCUUCUUUAAAGUGGGAGCUGAACUGAUGUAUUGUGGGUUUUUCCGGGUCCAGCAGCACGAACGACUCUGGGGUUGUGGCACUCAUCUUGCUUUACAGGCCGAGGGAGCUUCUACAGACAGAUUUUCCAGGUCAUGUGGCCAGCAUGACUAAGCCGCUUCUGGUGAAGCCAGAGCAGCACACGGAAACUCUGUUUACCUUCCCUCCAGAGUGGUACCUAUUUAUCUACUUGCACUUUGAUGUGCUUUCAAACUGCUAGGUUGGCAGGAGCUGGGAGCUCACCCCGUUGCGGGGAUUCGAACCCGACCUUCCGAUCGGCAAGCCCAAGCAGCACAGUGGUUUAAACCACAGCGCCACCUGCGUCUCCUGUAUAUAUAUAUAUGUUGCAUUGUUUUUCUGCUUUUUUGCAGGGAUUACAAAGACAAUGCCAUGUUGGCCCAGCUGAUCCAGGACAAACUUGAUGCUUACAAGGCUGAUGACCCUACCAUGGGUGAGGUGAGUACUUCAGUGUGGAACAACCAACAAGGUCAGGUCAUAUAAACUGGGCACCUUUUCUCUUAAGGGGCACAUGUCUAGCCGGGUUCCUGACAUUUCUGGGGUGGGAAACUAGAUUCAGCCAGCAGGAGGACCUGCCUCACAGAACUCCAGGGGACACUUUGACUGCUGGGUGGGGGCAGCAACCUGCCAUUCCCCUGAUGUCAUCAUGACACCAGGUGGCAGCUUCAGAGGGGCUUGCUGUCCUUGAACUGGGAAGGUCAGGGAUUGGGUGUGACACAUGAUGGCUUUGAGGGUGGGGCUUGUCCAUGCUCCCCCUGUCCCCACCCACACUUUGAGCCUUUCUGUUGUGUUUCUCCCCUCCUAAGGGUCCAGACAAAGCCCGUUCCCAGCUCGUCAUCCUGGACCGCGGCUUUGACCCCAGCUCUCCAGUGCUACAUGAACUGACAUUCCAAGCCAUGAGCUAUGAUCUGCUUCCCAUUGAGAAUGACGUCUACAAGUAAGGGUCCUGCAGACACCCUGGUGGUUGCAAAAGCCCUAAGGACAGUGUUCCACUAAACCCUUGAGCAAGUGGAAUGACUUCCACCUACACCAUAGGACUUUCCCCCCUCUUCUCCAUGCACACCUUAGGCCUCCCCAAAAUCUGCACUGAAAGUUUUGGUGAACACCAUAACAAAUUUAGGGGGUACAUGGGGAUAGGAGAGGGGAAGCAUCACUGCACAAGUGAAAAUCACUUGUAAAUGAAUUUUAAAAUAGGUUUUUCAAAAAGGACUACUGCACUUACCUUCUCUCCCCAUAGUCAAACUGCAGAACUCACUCCCACUGGAAUGAUGGCUUUUAAAAAGGAUUAGAGAAAUCAAUGGAGGAGAGUGCUAUUGAUGACUACUAGCUAUGAUGGCUAUGCUCUGCCUUCCCAGUUUGAGGCAGCAAUGCUUCUGAAUACCAGUUGCUUGAAUCCUGCUUGUGGGUUUACCCCAGGCCUCUGGUUGGCCACCGCGAGAGCUUCCCCCAAAUAAACCUGGGAGCUGUAGUUUGUUAAGGUUGCUGAGAGUUGUUAGGAGGCUCUUAUGUUCUUACAUUCUCUUUCUCCCCCACUAGGUAUGAGACAAGUGGCAUUGGGGAGGCCCGUGUCAAAGAGGUUCUGCUGGAUGAAGAUGAUGACCUCUGGGUCACCUUGCGCCACAAACACAUUGCUGAAGUCUCCCAGUAAGAGCACAUCCCCUCUCUCUUGGUGGUGUUGAGUUCACUCUGCAUAUUGCAAAACAGUGUGCUGCCUUUUGUUCCUGUUGCCUGAGGUUAUUUUGGGAGGGAGCAGCCUUCCAGCUAGAAAUGUUGUGCAAAAGGAGAGAUUAUAUAUGUUUGUUUUUGUGGGGGGGAUCAUAACGCAGAGCAGCACUGCAGAAUCCUAAAUCCAAUUAAGAAGGUUUAAUUUAUUAAUUGAAGUUUGAUACCACUUUUUAUUUUUUAAACAGCAAAGCACGCAACCAACUGGAUAGUAAACAGACUGUCCUUUUUUCCUCCCCACCCCCUCAUUAGUAGGAGGCUAACAUUAAUAAUCAUAAUUUGCACAGCACUUUUUCAAGUGUUUGUGUUCACUGUACAAACUCUGGUUUUCUCACUGGUUUUCCAUACCAGUAAAAAGUUAACUUUAAUUAUGUUUUUCUAAGUACUUUACAUGCAUUGUCUAGCAUAGUCCUUACAGUGACCCUAUGAAGUCAGUGGGUGUUAUUAUUUUCCAUUUUGCAAGCGGGGAUAUUAUUAUUAUUAUUAUUAUUAUAUUAUUAUUAUUAUUAUUAUUAUUAUUAUUAUUAUUAUUUGCAGAGGAGGGAGGACUCAGGCUGAGAGUGUGUGUACAUGGGUUGCUUAAGGCCAUCUAGCGAGUUCACGGUCCACAGGAGACUUGAAUCAGUAGAUCAGUCACUAAUAUGUAGCUCAGUCACUCCACUGAGGCAGUUCAGCUUCUUUAGUGAAGCCCAUUGGAACUGAUGGGAUCACACACACUCGUAACCUCCCUGUGUUGAGUUGCAGCCCUAGAGACUUACAUUUAACCUUCUGUGUUGGUCUGUGGCCUGAAGCUACGCUUUUAGGAAGUGAACUGUGUUUCCUUUCUGGGCAGCCUUCUGAGGGCAAUGUACCAGUGGUGGGUGGGGCCAGAAGCAAAAGUGCAUGGAGCAAUGAAUGCAAAUUUUACCUUCAAAGAGUAGGCAACUUUCCACAUGCAAUUGCACCCUGCUCUCUGUCCUCCAUCCAGACAAGCAAGAGGCAUUAUUAGGGUUGAAGGACACAUUCUAGCCCUACUAGAGAUGCUUGGGCCAGUGAGGGGUGUGGCCUGGGGAGAGUUCUGAGGGCCAGAUAGAGAGAUCCAAAGGGCCUUAUUUGACCACCGGUCCUGCGGUUCCCCACCACUGCUCUAGGGAAGGGGCAUGGCUAGAGCUGGAUGUAGGGAGGAUGUUACUGACUUGCUUGGUCUUUAUUUGAUUCCAGGGAGGUCACCCGCUCUCUGAAGGACUUCUCUUCCAGUAAAAGGAUGAAUACAGGUGAUAAGGUGAGCUUUAACAAGCAAUUAUAUGUUAGAAUGUUUAAGACUGAAUAGAGAGCUAGGAGCAGGGGCAGGAAAGGUGCCUUUUUAUUCCUAUAGAUAGAUAUAAACUCCCCCCCCUCAAAUGUAGCAAAUAUAUAAAAGACCAAGUACUAUGAGGGAUUGGCUGAAGAAUCUGGGGGUGUUUACUCUGGAGAAGAAAGGAUUAAGAUCACAUUGUUAAAUAUUUAAAGGGCUGCUGUACAGCUGACACAGCGAAUUAAUGAGUGAGGCAUUGAGGGGUUCAAAUUACAGAAAAUGGAUUAGACUAUUAUGAGGAACAUGAUUACACUGUUAGAGGUGGUGAGUUCCCCUUCAUGAGGAAUUAGACUGGACCUUUUGAUGCUCCUUUGAAUUCUUUGUGUUGGAUCCAGAUGAAGUUAGUUAAACGUGGUCCCACUGAUUCCAAGUUAAAAGUCCUAAGAGGUGUUGGGAGACACACUGUUCCCCACAUGGAGCCACAAUUUCUAGAGUUCCCUGGGAAGACAAAUUGACUGCUAAACCACUCUGGGAACUGUAGCCCCCAACCAACUCUCGGUACCAUUAACAAACCACAGUUUGUUAUUUUUAGUGAUGUCAUGACUGUUAAGGGCACUGAGAGUUCUUAGGAUGCCCCUAUUCCCCUCACAGAGCAACAAUUCCCAAAGUAGUUUAUCAAUCAAUCCCUCUUCCCAGGGAACUCUGGGAAUUGAGGAGGAGUUCUCCUAAAAACUCUCAUCCCCCUUGACAAAUUACAGUUCCCAGGUUUCUGUGGGGGAAGCCAUUGCCAUUUAAAAUGCUUUACAGGUUCUUUAAAUGAGUAGUGCAAGAUAUGGUGUUUGUCUAGGUACAGCUCAAUGGUUCUAAGUAAGAUUUUAUCCUCCAAAAAACACCCCCAACAACCUGGUUGUCUUGCUUUAACUGUUUAAGAUCUUCAUUGUUUAGCUCAGGUCAUCUGGUCCAAAAGCUGCCGGGUACCCUUUGGAAGCAAGGCAUGUGGAUGAUUUUUGUUCUCUGUUUAAAACUUGUAGACAACCAUGAGGGAUCUCUCCCAGAUGCUGAAAAAGAUGCCCCAGUAUCAGAAGGAGCUGAGCAAGGUAAGACCUAUUUGACAGUAGAACGGACUCCCUUGGGAGGUGGUGGACUCUCCUUCUGUGGAGGUUGUUUUUUUUAACAGAGGUUGAGUGGCCAUCUGUCGUGGAUGCUUUAACUGAGAUUGCUGCAUUGCAGGGGGUUAGAGUAGAUGACCCUCAGGUACCUUCCAAUUCUACAAGUCUAUGGUUCUGUGCACUGACGAUGGACAGUAGCUUAGCCACAUUUUUAUUUUUAUUUUUACAUUUCUUUUCAGUACUCCACUCACCUUCACUUGGCCGAAGAUUGCAUGAAACACUACCAAGGCACUGUGGACAAGCUCUGCCGAGUUGAACAGGUAAACCAACUGAUUCAAAAAAUUGCUGAGCAGGUUGUGCUGAUGGAAAGACAUUGCUGCAAACACAUUCUUAUGUCAGCAGCAACACCAUGUGGUUUUGUGUGUGUGUGUGUGUGUGUGAUGCAUUUUCGCAUAAUUUGCUAGGAAUCUCAGAGCUGACUUAGCUGCUGACUAGGUUGCUAUAUUUUUCCUUUAUUGAUGGAGUGUAGUCUUACAGGGGUCACCUUUUGUUUUUAAGUGCUCUGUGACAUACAAUGGAAGGAUUACAAUACAUGUGUCUUCCUCCAAAAGGGGGAGAUGCACAUCAAAGCUUUGAAAUGCUCAUGGACAUGAUAUCUGGGUGGCUCUAGGCAAUGUCUUUAUUAAGUAUGGGAAACUGUAAGGAUUGGGAAGAACUUGGAUUAGCUUUUCAUUUGCAGGUGAGAAUGAAUAAGCAGGCAGUGGGGGAAUGGAAGACUGGGUGGGAGUAUCCUAGUCUGUUGGAAGUUUUGGAACUCAGCUUGCAUUGGAGGCUGAUGUGUCUGCAGGGGAAAGAGCAGAUGGAGAGAGAAACCUCCAAGUUUCUUAGCCCAUCCUUUCUGACCUAACCUGUGCUGAACUUCCCUUAGGUCAGGCAUGUCCAAAGUCCGUUUCGGGGGCCUAAUCCAGCCAGCUGGUCGAUUUAAUCCGGCCCCUGCGGCAGUAUAUGUCCUGGGUAAAAUCCUAAAAAACGCUCAGCAACUUCAGCUCAACCCUAAGAAAAGCUCAACAACGUUGGGGUAAAAAUGUAAAAAAAAAGAGCUCAAAAACAUUGGAGUUAAAUCCCCCCAAAAAAGCUCAACAACAACUUUGGUCACACAUAUUCACUUCUGGCCCUCUUUGGAAAAAGUUUGGGCACCCCUGCCUUAGGUGCUAGACUGAUACUCUUGGGGUUGCUGACCUCAUUUCCUACUUCCUCCCACUCCAUGAGGAUUCAGCAAGAUCAAGCAUGGCUCAAGGCAUCUCCAUCUUAGAUAGAAAUAGGAGCUUUCCCAUCAAACAUGUAAUAAAUGCAGUGUCUUACUUUUCCCUAAAUUCAGGAUUUCAGUGUGAUUAUAUUAAGAGUAAAGUUGUGCUGCUCCAGCAUUUUCCCUCCCUGGAUUUGACAUGGACAUCAGGCGGCAGAAGACAAUCUACCUUGUAGAUCCAAAGUGGGCAAAGACUGAUGGAUGCUAUAUAUUUCUUCUUCAGGACCUGGCCAUGGGAACCGAUGCAGAGGGGGAGAAAAUAAAGGACCCAAUGAGGGCUAUUGUCCCCAUCCUGCUUGAUGCAAAUGUCAGCACUUAUGACAAGAUCCGUAUCAUCCUGCUCUACAUCUUCCUGAAGAAUGGUAGGUGAUGUAGCUGCUUCCAAAGUGGUUGAUAUUGAUCCCCACCUCACCCCAGAGGUCAGUGGGGCAGGGCAGAGGCUGAAUAAAGACUUUGUGGUCAAGAAGGUUGUUAAACUCCCAGGGAUGUAAAAAAGAAUCUCAUAAGAUGUAGUGCAAAAAGUUUAAUUGGGAACUAUGAGCCUGAGAAAUAAAAGUCCUAGGAAUGUGUGGAACCAUGUGUCCUCUGGUUAAUGAGGAACCUCAGAAUUUAUUAAGAUGAUUCCACAAUAUACUACACAGAUUUGCAUGCAAGUAUACUUUUUUCUGGAACGCAGGUGGCGUUGUGGUCUAAACCACAGAGCCUAGAGCUUGCCAACCAGAAGGUCGGCAGUUCGAAUCCCCGCGAUAGGGUGAGCUCCAGUUGCUCGGUCCCUGCUCCUGCCAACCUAGCAGUUCGAAAGCACGUCAAAGUGCAAGUAGAUAAAUAGGUACCACUCAGGCGGGAAGGUAAACAGAGUUUCCGUAUGCUGCUCUGGCUUCACCAGAAGUGGCUUAGUCAUGCUGGCCACAUGACCCGGAAGCUGUACGCUGGCUCCCUCGGCCAAUAAAGCGAGAUAAGCACCGCAACCCCAGAGUCGUUCGUGCCACUGGACCUAACGGUCAGAGGUCCCUUUACCUCUUUAUACUUUUUUCUACUUCCUUAUUUUUCUUUUGUUUUAUGAUUUCAAGUCAUGGUGAUUGAUGAUUGAUAAAUGUUGAUUAUAUGCUGGUAUUUAUUGACUUUAUUUCAUUCACUUUCUUAAAAAUUUGGGUUGGGUCAAUGACAACUUUGUAAGUCCAUCCAUGGGGGUCAAUAAACUCAGAAGUUUGGAAAACCUGGCGAAAGGGGUGUUUGAGUGACAUGUAAAAUUAUUUAUCUUUUUGGGGGAAGGAAAUAGCCUCACUUUUUAUGUUUUUCCACCCUUCCAGGCAUCACUGAGGAAAAUCUCAACAAGCUGAUUCAACAUGCUCAGAUUCCACCUGAGGACAGUGAGAUCAUCACCAAUAUGGCCCACCUUGGAGUACCCAUCAUCACAGAUGUAAGUUUUUACCAGGUCUUGAAGAUUUUUUAGCAAUGGCUCGGAGAUGCCUUUCCCAGUUGCUGAAGGAAAAGGGCUCUAGCUCAGCAUGCAAAGCUGGAACACCGACUCUCUGUGUGCCACCUUCGAAGGAUGCCCUGAGAGUGGCAAUAAGAGAGCAGGCCUUCUCUGUAUAGUAGCCACCUGUUCAUGGAAUGCUCCCCCAGGGAGGUUCUUCUGGUGCCUUCAGGUGCCAGGCAAAAAUGGUCCUCUUCAACCAGGUGUUUGUCUGAUUAACAUUUACAGCCUUUUUAAUGAGUUUGUGAGUGUGUGGGGGGGUAUUAUUCUGUUCUUUUUAUUUAAACUAUUUCUUCGUGCUUUUGCCUUGUAUUUUUAUCAUGUCAACCACCCUGAGAUCUUGUGAUGAAUGGUGGUAUAUAAAUAAUAACAAUACAACUACAGUGGUACCUUGGGUUACAUACGCUUCAGGUUACAUACGCUUCAGGUUACAGACUCCACUAACCCAGAAAUAUUACCUCAGGUUAAGAACUUUGCUUCAGGAUGAGAACAGAAAUCGUGCAGUGGUGGCGCAGUGGCAGCAGGAGGCCCCAUUAGCUGAAGUGGUCUUCAGGUUAAGAACAGUUUCAGGUUAAGAAUGGACCUCUGGAACGAAUUAAGUACUUAACCCAAGGUACCACUGUACUAGAUCUUUUGGGAAGUUGUUUGCCUGGCUGCUCUAUAUGCAUUUGGAUACCUCUUUAUGUUGUCAUAAGCAGAUUUUGCAUAAUGGUUCCUGAGAUCAAAAAGCAGAUUUUUUGUCUAUGUUUGGAUACAGCUGGACACCAUUUUGGAACAAAAUGGUGGACUGAGCUACUCCAAACUGCACAGGUUUGGGGGCUUUCUUGCAAUUUCUGGACAACGCCAAGUACAAGGCUUCAAGUAAAUUUAAUAAAGCUAAUAUACCUAACUUAAACCUUUUCUGAAUCCCAGGACAUUCACUGACACACAGUAGAUUAGGGGUGGUACCUUUUUUCUCUAUAAAGGGGCAUUGAUCUAUGGGAAAAGUAAAUUCUUCUGACUUUUCCAUUCCAUUAUUCAAAGAUUGUUGUGUCUGUCAACAACCUUGGACUAAUUCAACAAUUUUUCCACCUUCCCAGGGAAUCAUGGGAAAUAUAUUUCAGUGUGUGGGGAUAGCCACUACAAUCUUUGGGACUCUUUCUAGACUGUAGUUCGCAAAAUUCUGUGGAAGAAAGCCAUGCGAGUUAAAGGGGUAUAAAAGUGAUGUAUGUUGGUGGUUUAAAUUUACACCUGGAAUUUAUUUUAUGCUUCUUCCUAUGAUAUUUUCUCUUUUUGUGGGGAAGGGUGCCAGCAGCUAUCAUGAAAUCCUCACUUUGUCCACCAGACACUGAUGUGAUUGAGAUAAGUCCCUUAUCUGGUCCCUGCAGCUUUCAUCAGCACCAUGAAGGAGCUUAACUUGUUAGUGGCCCGUUUGCAAGGCACAGGCGUUGCCCUAAACUAAAGCAUGAAAAAGAAAGCCAGUUGUGUGGUGUGUCUGCCUUUUUUGUUCGCACUCCCUCCAUGUUUGCAAUUGCCUAUUUCCCUCUUCUCAGUCUACCUUACGCCGCAGAAGCAAGCCUGAGCGGAAGGAGCGAAUCAGCGAGCAGACCUACCAGCUGUCUCGAUGGACCCCGGUGGUAAAGGAUAUUAUGGAGGUAAAGAUUUAAACUAGAGGAGGGGGACCUUGAGACCCAGGGGUCAAAUGUGGUCCUACGGGCCUAUCUGUCUGGCCUCUGAGAUUCUCUUUAGGCCACGUCUCCAGUCUAGCCACACUCUCUGCUUUGCAUCCUCCCUGAGAGUUGUUGUCUGGCUGAAAUGUGUGUUUGAGCUGUGAUAACGCUUCUUGCUUGCCUGGGUGGAGGGCAGGGGCAGAAACUAGCCAGCUGUCCUAAAGUAAGAUUUACAUUUGUUACUCUGCCUGUGAUCAGACUGGCUGUUCCUAUGAAGUUUGCAGGUGGGCAUGUGAUGGACAUGAGCAACCUGGAUCUCCUUGGAUUUGCCGGUCAUCAUAGGGCUGGCACUGACAGUUGAUAGGGUCAAGCACUUGAUGAAUGCAUCUUUGGGGGAGAUUGCCAUUAGCCUCCUUGGUUUUCUAUUUGCAUAUUUAUAAUCUGUAUUUUUUAAAAAAUGUAUUAAGGCUUAAAAGAAUGAGAGGCAUCUAAGGGCCGGCCCACUGUAAGGAAAGGAGAGACAACUGCCUCUGGUGGCCAAAUCAACAGUCUCCAAAUAUACAUCACCUCCUGCUGCUAUCACCUUGGUAGCAGCCAUGGCUGCGGCAGGCUCCUUUGAGGCUGGAUCUGCUGCCUCUAUAGUAGCCUCUUGGCAAAUAGGAGGCAUUGCUGCUCUUCUUCCCCCACCCAAAAGGAAAUGGUGGGGGCUGCCUUCUGGGAUCUUCUGGGGUCUACACCCACCUGGCGUGAUUCCCCCUCAUGACAGCCUUUCAUUCCCACUUUAACUGCUGGGUAUGGUUGAUUUGCUUACUCCCAUUGUUCCUCAUGUAGAUCUUCACUCACUGCUUCUUUCCUGGGGUUGGUGAGGCUGGGGAUGGGUCUUCUAUGAAACUAGUGAAGCCCCCAAGAAAUGACUUUAGUCCACAUUGCUUAGAAUUUUUGGGUCUAGUAGACCCAAACUGAGUCGCACAACUCAAAUUGAUUAUUUUUGUUGUUGUAUAUAUUUCAACAAUCCCUAAGUUUGAGAGUCAGUAGCACAGAUGUUAUAAAGGUGUGGUGAUCUGUUAUGGAACAACUCUCUUGAAGAAGAUAACAGUGGCUACCUAGACCUCAUUGCUAGUUGCAAAGGGGGGCCCAUAAUAGUUCAAGCUUCAGAGCCCCCCAAAAUUAGGUCCGCCACUGUGUGGGGCACCAUGUUAUGAUUCACCUCAAGCACCAACAUGUAUUGGGCCAGCCCUGAGGCAUCUACAAAAAGCAUCUGCAGAGUUAAAAACACUAGUAAAGCAUCUUCAAAUAUUAGUUGGUUAGAAAGAGAAAACUCAUAUUGUGAAGACCUGUCUAAACAGUUCCAUAAAAUUGGACCCGCAAUCCUAAAUGCACGGCUCCUAAUGGACAUGAGAUGUGCAUUGAAGCCAUGGGGGGCAAAUUGCUUUGCUUAGGAAAAAUGACAUAGAAAAAUGUGGCUCUAAGGAGAAAAAUGUGUAUAUUAGGAGAAAUUUACACUAAAAUGCAGAUGUAGGCUAAAAGAAAAUUUCAAACUGAUGUGGAAAUGUGGAGAACUGAAAAUGAGAAAUGAGAAUCCAGAGUUGAUGGAUUUGCUCAUCUUUAGAGCUAGCAGGGAUGCAAGUGGCGCUGUGGGUUAAACCACAGAGCCUAGGACUUGCUGAUCAGAAGGUCGGUGGUUCGAAUCCCUGCGACGGGCUGAGCUCCGGUUGCUCAGUCCCUGCUCCUGCCAACCUAGCAGUUUGAAAGCACAUCAAAGUGCAAGUAGAUGAAUAGUUACCGCUCCGGCGGGAAGGUAAAUGGCGUUUCCAUGCACUGCUCUGGUUUGCCAGAAGCAGCUUAGUCAUGCUGGCCAUAUGACCCGGAAGCUGUACGCCGGCUCCCUCGGCCAAUAAAGCGAGAUGAGCACCGCAGUCCCAGAGUCGUCCAUGACUGGACCUAAUGGUCAGGGGUCCCUUUACCUUUACCUUAGAGCUAGCUCACUAGGAUGCACAUAUGAAAGCUCUUCCAAAACUGCUGAUCUUCUGCUCUUCUCUUUUUAGGAUGCCAUUGAGGACAAACUGGACACCAAACACUACCCUUACAUCUCCACCCGAUCCUCUGCUUCCUUCAGCACUACAGCGGUCAGGUAGGAAGAAGGCUUCACACCUCGCUCCCAGGCCAGCAACAGCCACAAAGGCAUUCCUUGGGUUGUACCUUCCUCCUUUUAUCUUCUGUUCUAACAGCCCUCCAACCUGGUUUGUGCUGCCUUGUCACGAAAGCACAGCAUAAAAAGCAACCACAUUAUUAAAGGAAUGGAAGUGUGGAAGAAUUUGAAUCCCAUGUUGGGAAUAGGGCUUGCAAAUAAAAGCUGCCCGUGUCUUAGUGCUGUUUUACCCACUGAUGGUAAGGCCAUCCAUGGAAUACUGUGUACAGUUCUGGUUGCCUCGCCUCAAAAAGGAUAUUUGCAGAGCUGCAAAAAGCUCAAACCAACUCCGCUAUGAGGAAAGGUUGCAGCGUUUGGGGCUUUUUAGUUUAGAAAAAAGACAAGUAAGAAGAGACAUGAUAGAGGUGUAUAGAAACUAUGUGUGGUGUGGAGAAAGUGGAUAGGGAGAGGUGUUUCCCUGCUUUUCAUAAUACUAGAUAUGGGAGGAACCAUGACUGUUUAAAGUGGGAUAGUAGUGAUGGUGCUGUGGUCUAAAUGACUGAGCCUCAUUGGUUUGCCGAUUGGAAGGUUAGCAGUUUGAAUCCACACGACGGGGCAAGCUCCUGUUGCUCGGUCCCAGCUCCUGGCCAGCCUAGCAGUUCGAAAGCACACCAGUGCAAGUAGAUAAAUAGGUACCACUACGGUACAAAGGUAAACGGUCCCAUUGCACCAGAAGUGGUUUAGUCAUAACCCAGAAAGCUGUCUGUGGACAAACGCCGGCUCCCUUGGCCUGAAAGCGGAGAUGAGCACCGCACCCCAUAGUCACCUUUGACUGGACUUAACCAUCCAGGGGUCCUUUACCUUUUUUUUUUGCCUUGUAGUGAUGUCAAUGUAUAGUGCAGAUGGGCCUUGUGGGGGUUGUUUGUAAGGAUUGCAACAGGACAAUGUGUGUGACCUGUCACUUCUGACUACUCACAAGAUUGUGUGAUGUGCAAUCCUAGCCGGGAUCAUUUAGUUCAUGUUAACACAAUUCCGUGUAUUUUAAAAUUGUUGAACUUCUGCAUGAUGUAUUUUCCCCUCCUCUUGUUUGUCCUUCUUUUCUCUCCUGCAUUCAGUGCCCGCUAUGGACACUGGCACAAGAACAAGGCUCCUGGGGAGUACAGGAGUGGCCCCCGCCUCAUCAUUUUCAUCCUGGGGGGUGUGGGCCUGAAUGAGAUGCGCUGCGCUUAUGAGGUGACUCAAGCCAGUGGGAAGUGGGAGGUGCUAAUAGGUGAGUCCUUUUGGCAGAGUCAUGCUUGGCCCCACCUCCCUUUUCUUCACUCCAUCAUGAGCUUCUCUGUCCUCUUCUUUCUCUGUCUCUCUGUGUCUGUUUACCUGUCUGUCUCUUCCUCCUUAUCCCUUCCCUAUCUGCUCCCACCUGUGGCAAAAUCCAGUCUCCAGGUGGCCUGUUCUAGAGAGAUCCCAUUGAAUGAUGGUUGGUCUAGCCAGAUCUCCAUUUCACAUUCCUAACUCCUACAGUUCCAACUAAAGCAUUGUUAUUUUUUUAUGUAGGCAACCUUAACAUUUAAAGCAGAACAAUGCCACUUUAAACAGUCAUGGCUUUCACCAGAGAAUUCUGAGACAUGUCUUUGUCAUCUUCUUCGUUGGCAAUCACUCGUAGCCGAGUAAUAUUGUCUUCCACGAACACAGUCUUAACAUUGAGUCUGUAAGUCUGAGAAGUGUACUUUGCUAAGGGCCCUGAGAGUUGUUUGUUGUUGUUGUUGUUUAGUCAUUAGGAGGCCCCUAUUCUGCUCAUGGAGCUACAAUUCCCAGGGCAGUUUAACAAUCAGUGAACUCUGGGAACUGUAGGUCUUGGAGGGAAAUGGGGGGUUUCCAAACAACUAUUAGCACCCUUAGCACAACACAGCUCCUAGGAUACUUUGGGGGAAGCCACAACUGUUUGAGACGGGGCAACACAAGUGCUUUAAAUGUGUGGUGUGAAUGCAGCCAUAAUUGAGUCCCUGCACAGGCAACUCUGCUGUGGCAAGGGAUCCCAAACUGUUUGACUGAUUGUGGGCAGGAGCAAGUCAAGUAUGGUUCUUGUUCAAAUGGGGCCUGUUUUAAUUGCUUAUCAAGUAUCUGCCUCCAGCUCCCCCACUUCCCCCCGAGCGGCUUACCUGUGGAAGUUGGGGGUGCAAUGCUGGUGGAAGGUUCUCCAGUUCCCUGGCAAAGCAUCUAUUCCCUGCAAUGGGGACGUGAACGAUAAACCCCACUGGGACUGGUGGGGCAGAAGGUAGAGAGGCCCACAGUAAGAGCUGGAGCCCAAUUACUGGUAGCGCCAAUUCAUUCUGCUUUUGCCCUGCCCACUUUCCUGCUAGGUUCUACAAUGGCAACACUGAGACAAAAGAGGAGAAAGUCAACCAUAUCUUUAAAAUGUAUCUAAAAAAUAAAAUACAGUGGUGCCUCGCAAGACGAAAUUAAUCUGUUCCGCGAGUCUCUUCGUCUAGCGGUUUUUUCGUCUUGCGAAGCAACCCUAUUAGCAGCUUAGCGGCUUAGCGCUAUUAGCGGUUUAGCGGCUAUUAAAGGCUUAGCGGCUUAGCGGCUAAAAGGCUAGCACUAUUAGCGGUUUAGCGGCUAUUAAAGGCUUAGCGGCUUAGAAAAAGGGGGGCGAAAGCGAAAAAAAUCUCAAGACUCGCAAGACAUUUUCGUCUUGCGAAGCAAGCCCAUAGGGAAAUUCGUCCUGCGAAGCGCAUCAAAAAACGGAAAACCCUUUCGUCUAGCGGGUUUUUCGUCUUGCGAGGCAUUCGUCUUGUGGGGCACCACUGUAACAAGUAACCUUGGUUACUAUAAGCACCCUGAGUUUUCGGGACUAGGAGGAACCAAUUUGUCUAGGGCUGGCCCUUCCAAUACUGGCCUUCUGGACCAGCCUUAACCCACAGGCCUCUUAUUCUCCAUCCCAACAGUUGCCUAUCCCAGGGAUGGUGUGACCUGUGCCCUCCAGAUGUUGCUGGAUGGCAACUUGCAUAAUUCUGGCAUAUUGAAUGUUGCAGCCCAGCAGCUGGAGUGCUACAGGUUCUCCAGUCUGAGGGAAUGCCUCUUCUGAAUAGAGCCUUCCUUCCUUCCGUUGCAUGCAGUAGGGAAUGCUGCUUAUUAGAGCAGGGGUGUGCAAUAUGUAGCCCUCCAGAUGUUGCUGGAUGGCAACUGCUCUAUCCCUGACCAUUGGGAGUGCUGGCUGGAGGGUUCAUUUCCCAUCAUCUGAAUACUCCUUUCAAUUGAAUGAUUGGACCCUGCAGUCUCAUAUUAUGUACGACUGGGGACAGGUGUGGGUUUAAAUCUGGCAUGGGGAGCUUGUGGCCCCCCAGAUGUUGCUGGACUCAAACUCCCAUCAUUCGUGAUUAUUGGCUGUGCUGGAUGCACCUCUGAUGAGAGCCAGAUUCUAGAAAUGUCUGGAGCACUACAGCUCUGCAUCCCUUGCCCCCACCUGCUCACUGGAUUUUUCCCUUCUUGGAGGUGAGCCUCCUUUAUAACUCUUUUUCUCUUCCUCUACUCUCAUACCGUGGUUUGCCAUGUGGCUUCACUGUUCUGUGCCUGUAUAUGUAUGUAUGUUUGUAUGUACGUACAUGUGACAUGUCAGGUAACUGUUAAAUGUAGCUUUUAAUGUUGAACGAUGCACACUUUGUCUGAUCUAGGAUUGUGAUAGGUGUGUGUGUGUGUGUGUGUGUGUGUGUGUUUUAAAUGUUCAUCAAGGAACCAGGCACCAUCCCAUGCUCUUCCUGGGUGUCAGGCAUCAAUCUCCAUGCCGCCUCUUAGUUAACUAGACCUAUUCGUUUAUUCCGACCAACAUUUCCAUGAUUGCCUUUUGGCCUCAAGGGCAAUUAAUGGGCUCACAAGUGAUGAAAACAAAGAACAAAACUGAAAGCAGUAUAAAUAAGAGCAGCAGCUCUUAUAUCCAUGGCAUAAACUAUUAUUCUCAGAACACUUCCCAGGAUUCUUUGGGGUCAGCCAUGCACUUUAUAUGCAUGUUGUGUAUGCAGCCUUGGUUUUUAGAAACAACAAACACACAGUAAGAGGAACACAGAGCACCUGCUUUGUAUGCAGAAGAUCCAAGGUUCAACCCAUGGCAACUUCAGGGCAGAACAAUGGGGAUGGAGAUGCUCCUUCAGGUAUACUGGGCCGAGGCCGUUUAGGGAUUUAAAAGUCAGCACCAACACUUUGAAUUGUGCUCGGAAACGUACUGGGAGCCAAUGUAGUUCUUUCAAGACCGGUGUUAUGUGGUCUCGGCGGCCACUCCCAGUUACCAGUCUAGCUGCCACAUUCUGGAUUAGUUGUAGUUUUCGGGUCACCUUCAAAGGUAGCCCCACAUAGAGUGCAUUGCAGUAGUCCAAGUUUGAAGGAUGGCUGGUUCAUAUAUUGCUUUGGCAACUGUGAAUUCAGUAGCCCAAUCUUCAAAUGCAAACUGAAUUUUCUCAUCCCUCAUUCAGCUGAAUUAUUUUGAGACAUCUAACCGGGGGUGGGUGUGGGUUUGUAAACCUUUUUGGUCCAGUGGGCCAGGUCACCUAGCAGUCAGUCAUCCAAUCUCACAAUGAAGCCAGGUAACUGACAGGGGGUAGUCUGACCCUUCUGUCAAGGUUGGCUCAUGGGGGCGGAGGAAGAUUGUGACCAUGCAGGACUGAACUGCCUGCACAUCAGCGAAUGUGCAGGGAGGUCAAUCCUUAUUUCUGCAGCAUGAGAGUGCAUGAGAGAAUUCCCUACAGGAUUGAACUUCAUACAAUCAUAGAACUGUAGAGUUGAGUCAUCUAGUACAAUGCCCUGCAAUGCAAGAGUCACAGCUAAAUAAUACCUGACAGAUUCCCAUCCAACCUCUGUUUUAUAAACCUUCACUGAAGGAGAGCCCAAGUGCUGUCUGCAAAAAUGCAUACACUACUAGGGUAAAUUGUGCUUGGGUUACAUGGGGAAUUGCUUAGUGAAAAUGUGCAUUCUAGGACACAAUUGCAUACAGACUUGUGCGUGUUGAGGAACAUUCACACCUAAAUCUGAAUUUGUAUACAUGAGAUAAACGUAUUUUUAUAUGAAAAAAAUAAUAAUUACAAAUGAAUGUGAAUAACUGAACUUAAGAUUUGAACAACAAGAAACUGGGAGAACCCAAAAUUGACGGAUUCGCUCAUUCCUAACUUGAACCCCAAACGCAUUUCUGCUGCAUACAGCAGUUCCUGGAGGCCCAGGGGUGACUGCCAAAACCCAGAUCCAUCAACUCCACUCCACUGCAUGCCUUGACAAUGCUUUCCUCGACUGUCCAUCUGCCUUCGUCUCUCUGUAUGUGUGUCUGUCGUUUCCACAUUUGCUUCUUUCACACAUGUUCACUCUGCUUCUUUGUACUGAUACUUUCUGCUGAUAAUGAAGUAAUGUUAAAGGCCUUUUUAAAGGAAAAGAAAAAUCUUUUUUCAGCAUGUGCCCUUUUGAAUUGUUUUUUUGUUUUUCUCUGUGCAAGGAGUCAGCCCACACUCUGUUCUCCCGCAGGUUCUACUCACAUUCUUACUCCCACCAAAUUUCUCAUGGAUCUGAGGCAUCCCGACUUCAGAGAUUCCACUAGGGUAUCUUUUGAGGAACAGGCUCCAACAAUGGAAUGAGAGCCAAAGAAAACAAUAAAAAGUAAAAGCAGCUUACUAUAGAAAAAGAAACUCUUCCCUCGCUCGGAAGGGCUUCUUUGAUUAUUACAUCUCUCUCUCUCUUUCCUAUCUCUCUCUCUCUCUCUCUCUCUUCCCCCCUCCUUUUCUUCUUUCUUUGUCCAUUUUUUUGGUUCUUUAAAUGAGAAAAUGCUUGCGGUUUUUUUCUGUCUUUAAAACAACGGUUUUGAAAAUGUGCCCAGCGUUGCUUCCAUCAAAUCCUACACCAUCUCUUAUUCAGAACUUGCCCAUUCCUCCCACUAACGGUGAUCUAUUUCCAAAGGAAAUGUCAACACUCCCAUUUAAAAAAAAAUAUGAAAAUGAAAAGGGGCUGCAUUUAGACUUGGGAAGUGUCCAUUUGCCACUUCAGAUUUAAACAGGUUUGAAACUUGUUUAACUUUUGCUCAGAGUCCAUUUUGGUAAAUCGUAGCAUUGCACCUGCCAAGAAUUCUUUGGCUUUUAAAAAGGUGUUAAUAAGCUUACAGCAGAGGUGGGGAAACCUGUCAACUCUAAUCAUCCCUGACUAUUUGGCCAUGCUGGUCUGGAAUUAUAGGAGUUGGAGUCAAUGUCGGUAGGGCCACAGGUUUCCCAUCACCUGGCUUUCAACACUGUUCCUGCCAAAGUUCCAGUGACAGUCUCCUAGAGCAGUUGAUACAUUCAUGAAAAUACUGCUGGGCAUUUGCUGUUACUACAGCGCAUUCUCUCUGCCUGCUCUCAUCAGCCAAAACGCCUGCCUAGCUGUCACUGUUACAGGGGGUGUGGUGAGGACUGGGUCAGCUGCCCCUUGGGAGCCCCUCUCACCCACCCCCCACCCCGUUAUGGGAGAAUAUAUUGCAUGGUCUAGAUAGAAUGAAAGAGUCCUGCUUUUGUUUUACUCUCAGGGAGAGGCCCUGUGGGGCUUUUUCUGCCUACGGCGCCAAAUUAGCUUGCCUGUCCUUUGGUGCUCCUGCUUCUUGAGCUGGUGGGAAGGAAGUUGCAUUUCCUGCUCUGCCUCAAAGAGGAACAGGAGAUGGGGAAAGUCAGUGACUCCAGAGAAGCAAGGAACGCCUCUGAAAAGCUUGCUGGUUUGUAGCUUGCAAGUUCCUGCCCCAAUAGUCAUGAUGGUUGUAUGGCUGCUGUAUGUUCAAAGGCAGGGCACUUCACUUGUUUGUCCUGACUGGCUUAUCGCCUCCCAAGGUCUUUGGUACAGCCUCAUCGCACUUCUCCUGCUUUGGAUCAUUUUUUAUUUAGUUAAGUGGAGGUGCCAGCUAGUGAGUUUUGCAUUGAUUAAGAGGGUGGGGUUCUUGGCACAUGGGACACUGGUGUUAAGGGAGCAGGACCCCAGUGCAAUCCAGAUGGACAUUUAGUGCUAUACUGGACCUAGCUGCCAUGCUUUGAGCAUAGAGAUGCAAGGCUAGAGCAACACCCACACAAACCAAACACACACACACACACAUCCUCAUCUGUGCCCACAGAGUGUCCCAAUUGGCAGCAGGCCUUAGAAUCUCAUUGUUUGUUGCUAUUUUUAUUUCCUAACACACACUCUGGUCAAGGGUAGCCAUAAUUACAUAUUUAUUUACAGCAUUUUAUACCUCCAAAGGCUCCCAGAGCAGCUUACAAGAAUCAUCAUCUAAGACAAUCUGAAAAACACCAUGGCACUUGAUAAAACAAGCAGUGGGAGAGCAGAGAGAAAAGCAAGCUUGAUCCCAGGUUCUAAAGAAGUGGCAGCUCUUACAACACAGUUUUAAGAGCAGUAGCUCCUUACCAGUGUCCACUGGCAGUUCUGGGAAACUUUGCCUUUUUAAGGGGUGCACAAAUCCCCCACCCACUGAUACAUCUGGGGCUACAGGAAGGAGAGUUCUCUCUUUCUUCCCCCAAGGGGCUCCUGGUCAUUAUGAAUUCCCCCCCCCUCCUUCUUUGUCUUGUCUUCAGUGACACGGGCUUUCUCCUGAAGGCUCCUGCAAUAUUCCUUGUAUCUCACUCUCCCUGACUCCUCUCAACCCCCUUCUCCAUAUCUCAAUAUAUAUAUUUAUGCACAUUUUCAAGUAUAGGCAAUUCUCUUUCUUUCUUUCUUUCUUUCUUUCUUUCUUUCUUUCUUUCUUUCUAAUUUGGCUCUUCCCUCCCAUCUGAGGAGGGAGAGGAAGAGGCGACCUUUUAUCUGACAGCCUGCCAUUUGCCACUGCAUGCCAGGGCCUCAUGAGCCACACAGCCACUCCUGCCUCGCUUUCGCUAUCUAUCUCUGCGCCCUCGACGUCAAUGGCCUUAUGCUGCCCUCUCCAGCAUACCAUAUGCAUCAUUCCUCCACCACACUUAACUCACGGGGUUACAAAGCCUCCAUCUGGUAUUCUAUAUUUUUUCUUUCUUUCUUUCGUUUCCGGUUUUUGCCUUUCCUUUUCCUGCACUAGAUGGAAUCGUAGUUCCAUAGGCUUAACAUUUUUGCAAGCAUUUCUUCCUGUGGUUAAAAAAUAAAAAAUAAAAAUUGGUACGCUGUCCCCGUGGCAGGUAAGAGGUUCUGAGUGUCAGGGAGGGGGGCGGUGUCUGCAAUUAUUCUCUCUUCUUUCCUAUGUAUAUAACAGAAACUGGUGUAGAAGGGGAUGGAUUGGGGCCACCUGAUAAGGGGGUUCACAAAUCCUCCCCCACACAGUGGCUGCUGCUCUAACUUACCACAUCACCAGCAUGCCACUUAUGGGUGUUGGUGAUCAAUUUUGACCCUCUUUUCCACCAUGUUGCACCUCUUAAAAGCUUUUGAUAAUAACUUGCCUGAUUUGUUUUUGUUGGGGGGUGGGGCAGGCAGUCCUUAGCACAUGCAUUUGCUCAGACGUGGGUGCAAUAGCGCCUCCCCCAUCCUCGCCCCCACCCACCCAAACCCACAGCAGGUCACCAAGGCCCCUGCCCUUAUAGAUGACAACCCCUCCCCCUUUUCUGAUGCCUUUUUCAGGGUGGGAGUUCUAAUAUGCAUCUCUCUCCUCUUCUCCCUGCCUCCCACUCCCCCCCACCCCCAUUUGCAGGCUCUACUCACGUCCUCACCCCACAGAAACUGCUGGACACUCUGAAGAAACUGAAUAAAACGGAUGAAGAAAUUAGCAGUUAAACAGACACACACACACACCAACACACAGACCCUUCCCUCUUUCUCUCCUCCCCCAUUUCCUGCUCUUCCCUCCUUGACACCAUCAUCAAAAAAUCAGUGACAUGACAUUUGGGGCAUCCCAUUUCCUUCCAGCUCUGGGGUGAUCCUUGCCCCACUUAAAUUUGUUGACUGGUUCCAUUUCACCUUCUUCUUAUUCGUCUUGGUUUCCCCUUCCAUCCUACAUUUGAAACGAAGGUAAAUAAGAGAAGGGUUUGGGGUGGGGAAAUUCCAUUGUCUCUAAGACAGAGAAAAGAAAAAAGAAAGAUAAGAAAAAUAAUAUAUUCUAUAAUAUAGAUAUUAUCUCCAUAUGUGUCCUCCAAAAUAAACCACCAAAAAUUAAACUUCCAUCAUUUCAUCCAUGGCGAUUAUAUGACGACGAUGCUGAUAAUAUUAUUAUUUUUUAAUGAUGAUGUCCUUUUAGUUCUGGUUUUAGUUUUCUGCCCAGAUGGACGAAUGCUUGUGACUUAUUUAUGGCUAUGUGAUCUUGUACCUAACCUCAGAUGCAAACUGUGAAAGGAAUGCUCUUCUUCCCCCCACUGUGUAUUGGGAUUUUUGCUUGCGUUUUGGAAAUAACUGUCAUUUGACCUUCCUUGUCCUCCCUCGUCCCCCCUGCUGCUGCUACUGCUGUUGUUGUUGAGAUUGUCCUCUCAAUUUUCAUAUUUAUUUAGUUUAUCAGUGUGUAGGUGGUUGGUGCAUUUCUGGGGUUUUUUUUUUAUUGCUUCACCCCUGACCUUUUCCAACUUUUUGGGGGCAAUAUUUUAAAUGGAGUGUUUGUGGUUUGCAAUUCCAGCAUGUCUGGAUCAAUCUUCCUUAUUAGAUCUUCUUUGUCCCACCCAGGAAUGAUGAUUUAUUUCAUCACAAGCAUAUUUGGAGACCAACCCCUGGUUUUUAAUUGGUUUGAAACAUGUUGGCAAAUGUUAUUUUUUUUCUUUAGGAAGGAGCUUUAUUUUAGCACUUCGGUGAUACCUUUAACGAGGCAGAGUUCGCUUGUGAAUUCUGUAAUAUUAUUUAUCACAUUCUUCCACCUGAGGGCCCAGGGCUGUCUCUCCAAUUUUAUCUCCACAACAACCCUGUGAGGAAGGUCUGUCUUACUCAUGGUGAGAAACCCAACACCACUCAAUAAGAUUGUGGUUGACUGGGGAUACGAACUCUAGCGCUUUAACCUCUAGACCACAGUAUGUCUCUGAUUUCACGGUUCAGUGAAUAGCAGGCAGGAUUUUCUGGUUCUAGGAUGCUUCCUCUUACCGGCUUCCAGAAGGCAGGCCCUGGUUGGGCAGGAUCUAUCGGGAUCUCCAGACUUUUCUGGCCCAUGAAAGCAUAAGGCAACUGCUAGCAAUGGUGUAUUCAUUCAAUAGACUUUGUUCUGGUUUGGGAGUCAAUUUCCUUUCAGUAGUUUGCUGAGAGCAAAGUUGUCUUGAAACCACAAUUCCCGUGAUUCUCUGGAGGUGGCCGCAGCUCAUGUAAAAUGAUACGCUGUGUAGUAUAGUCAGCUUGUUUCCUCUGUCCUUCUAGCUUUGCCCCCUGUACUCUUGCAAGCACAUGUCUAGAGUCCCUGGAAUCUGCAUUCCUUAGCUCAGAUUCUAGAGAAGCUGACGUCAGUUUGAAAGAGAGUUCGCUGCUUGUGGGAUAUAAGCUACACAUCCUGUGCAUCCCACUUUUGCUUCUAGCUUGGCAGAUUCACACAUUGCUGUGUGGGGCAGAGAGGCCUGCUUUCUUUGCACCGCUCUUUUAAUCAUCUUUUAUCUGUCUCCAAGCCUACUGUCCUGCCCACAAAGCAGAAAUCUGCAUUGUGCUGCAUUGAAUUGACAUUCCUGGACUACAACUCCCAUCACCAUGCUGGCUGGGGCUGAUGGGAGUUUGCAUCCAACAGCACAUCUGCGGCCCCUGUAGUAAGCAAUGUUGGCACUUCCUUGCUUUGCCUACUGAGGAAGGAGGAGACUAUACAGCUUUCUCUUUUCAGUGACAGAUGACAGAUUGGCUGGGUGGUGUAGAUGUACACUGCAUGGUGUAGAUUGCAUGAUGCUGAACGUGUCAGCUGUUGUGAAUCAUUUAAUCCCUCCCAUUUGUGUGAUUUGAGGGAGAUCAAGUGGCUUGAAAACUGUCAGGAAAGGGAAAUAUAUUUUUGAGAGAGUGAUGAAGGAUCACUGCCCCGGGCAAAGACAAAGUGACCAGGAUCUUUGCUGUGAAAACAAGAGGCUGUAUCCAAUGUUAGUCCUACACAGAGUACACAGAGUAGAUCCAUUAAACCUGGUGGCAUGACCAACCUAGGUACAUUCCUUUAAAUGGAUCUCCUCUGUGUGGGACUUAGAUGCUUCCCACAGACAUCAUUUCUGGCCCCACAGCACCUCCUUGUGGUCAUUCUCCAACAAAGAAUAUACCAUUGAGCUUUAAAUGGGCUUAAAAGCUUCCUCAGCUCUGGGCUGGAUUGUACCCAAUUUCUUCCUCUCUUGUUUAGGAGCAAAAAUAAAAAAUAAACACAUGACGUAUUUCAGGAUUGAACUGAAAAUAGCAAAACGGAUUUGGGAAAUGACAUCAUCAACCAGGCAGCCACAGUUUAAGUGCUUCUAUGUCUAUUGAGCUAAUAUGGGAUUCGAGCAACAUUACUAUCCUAUUUAACAUAGUGACUCCAGAUAGUGUGGACUACAAUGACCAUCACCCCACAGUGGUUGUGGGGAGCUGAUUGGAACUGUAGCCCACAAUAUACAGUCUACAACAUCCGUCUUCCUGUGUUGUUGGGAAAUGUAGUCCCCACACUCUGUGGGGCGUCAUGUUGACUAAAGCUCAAGCUUAACUUCAGCUGGAGCGUCUCGUUUCUCCUGCCGUCAACAAUGGCAUUUCUCGUCAUCAAAUUUUGCCCUGCACCCUUUGGAUUCCUUCCCCCUUUCUAUCUCUCAUCAUCCAGUAGUGAAACAUUGCUGGCUGUGGCAAGCGCCAAAAAUCCCCAAUUGUUCUGCAUUUAUAGAUCCCUUUGCCGGUCCUUCUGCUCCCCCUGCAGACUGUAUGUAUAUGAAUUAAAUAAUUGUGUAUUGUGGUCGUCCUAACAAGCUUGAAGUAAAGUGGUUUACCGAGUCUUCCUUGUGUGUCCUUUUCUCAUUUGACUCCCACAAUGGCUGUGUUCGCUUACUGUGAUAUUUUUAAAAAACUGUAUUUUCUUCCCUGCAGUUUUGGGCUGUCCCUCUUCCACCUGUCCCAGGGCAUUAAUGUCUCUUCCUAGAAUAUCCCAACAGAGAGAAGAAAAUACUCUUUCUGUUUGCUACUAUUUUUGUGGUCCAUUUUCCCCCUCCCUUGCCCAUAAUAUAUUUGUUUUUCGGGCAAUGGUUGUGGUCAUUUUGCAUCAGUAACUGUUUUGCCACCUCUCCAACUUUUUCUUGCACCCUCCCAUUCCCCCCCCCCCCCGGCCUUCCCCUUCUAAAUUUAGCAUUGCAGCCGCUUCAAGGUAUCUCUUUCUCUCCCUUUUGUUUAGAUGUGUUUUUGUUGUUUUUGGUGUGAGAUAUAUAUAUA